UCUCUGUCUCCCUUCCAUGCCUCUGGCUCUGAAGCCAAGGGCGGUGGGAGAAGGUGAGCGGGACCCGCUGCAUCAUGAAAACCCCACCACGGGCAGGGGGGCGCACGGACCAGAUGCUGGGGGCAAUGGGGGAUAUCCUGACAUCGCUGGCGCUACCCAGCCAACAGUGGGUAAGGGGGAAAGAAGACUUGGCCAAGGCAGCGAGGCAAGGAAAGGGGCAGACCUGACUGCAGAGUGGAGGAUGUGCGGGAGAGGCGGGAGAGGCAGGAGUUGUUUGUGGGCCAGCUCUGUUGUUGGUUGCGGUCUGCCCAGGAAGGAGUGCCGUGCUUGAGAGGCGGUUCUGCUGCCAUGCUUUGACUGUGCAUUUGAGGAAAGGUGGGGGGGUGGCAGGGAUGGAAAACAGCUCCCCAGCAAAGCAGGCUGGUCCUGUCAGAAACCCUUUGCUCCGCACCAGACCCAGUGUGGAAGAGACUGAAACUAAUAUGUUGCAUCUGGCCUUUUGUACAGCACCUAGCACACAGACAUCCCCAAAGGAACAUUCUCUACUGAUCCCUUGGCUGAGGCAUGUCAGGGUGCCUUGUGGUGCAGAUAGACACUUCUGUUUGUUUGCUUGUUUUGAAAGUCUGCCGUUGGCCCCAGAUCAAAGGUUUCCCAAUCCUGCCUGCCUAGGGCCCUUUCUCAAUCCUCCAGGCACCUCCAGCCCUGAGGACGAGGGAGCGAGAGCCUCUCUCUGCCUUCUGUUCUCCUUGCUUCUGACUAAGCUGAGAUCCCUAGGCAUUGGGGUGAGUUUUCCCAUUCCCCCCCCCCUUGUUAUUUAAUGAUUCUUACUGGCCCCUGUGAUGUGGCAAUGUUCUCUCUGGGGAUUUCUGUUCUGAUCUUUUGCUCCAGGCUGGAGCUGUGCUUCCCCACCCCCAGCGCUGAUAUCCUCAGUCUGGGAUGGAAAAGUCAGCUUGUGGGGUGUGGGGUGGAGCAGUGCUGCAGGGUGGGGCAAGCACAGCUCGAGUGGAAAAGUAAAGCUUGGAAGGCUGGGCUUAAAAAUAUAUAUAUUCUCUUUGGAAAUCUCCAGUCUUUGCAUAACUAAAUGGGCUGCAUUGGACGAGGCUGGUAAGUUACUGGGAGGGCUUUUCACAGCGGAGGACAGUGUUCUGUGGCCUCUGUGGGUUUUGUGCAGUACAGUGGGGUUUUUGUAGGGUUUUUCUGAAUCAGCGGUGGAUGGCACUUGUUGGGCUGGAAGGUAGGGAGCCCAGCAGUUAAGUGGGGCCAGAGCCAAUGGCAAGCAGUGCCAACCCAUUCUUGUUUUGACCCCAUUGUCCUCCCUGCUGAGUUCUACAAGGGCAAUGCAGAGACUAAGGAGAAGGAAGAUGUCAGGAAAGGGCCCUCCUGGUUGCAAGGAGGAAGGCAGGCAGGUGGCGGCUUAGCUGAGGGCAGACUGAGGUUGUUGGGGCACUGCCCCCUUUGCCCUGAGGGACCGGCCUCCCCUGUUCUGAACUGUCUAUAGUGGGGGUUUUGGCGUUAUACUGGCUAGAGAGCCCUUUAGAUGUUGUGGGGGGGGCGGUGUCACUGGGGUACUCCAGUUUCUUGGUAGAUCACACUUCAUGGGCAUCUUGACCCAUUUUUAUUAAUGAGGCUUUUUAAAGGGGGGAAAACCCAUGCCUGUCAUUGAGACAUUGUUUCUUCAUUGACUAAAAUGUAUUCUCAGUUUCAAAUUGACUCUCUUUCACUUUCUGAUUCGCAUUAAUGACAGUAGCCCAUGGCGUACAGAUGUCGAGCAAGAGAUCACAUCUAUGUAAUACUUUCGAAGCACCAUUAUACCACUCUAGCCAUCCUGGAGAAUCCUGGAGAUUGCAGUUUGUUAGAGAGUGAGAGGUCAACGCCCUUCGAAACAAAACAGUGCCCCCUGUGGUUCUCAGGACUCCCCAUUACUGUUGAAGUGAUAUAAUCGUGAUUUCAGUGCAUGGCGUGGAUGUGACCAGGGAGAGAGAGGAAGAAAGAAAGUACAGUAAAUUCCGAAAGAGAAAAGUGCUUUCCAGUUGGCCAAGGUGAUAGCUCUGGCUUCUCAUUUGUGAUGCAGUUUGAAUAGGUAAGAAACUGCUGGUCCAGGGGUCUUCUCCAGGGACUGAGAGGGACCUCUCCUGUUUUUACAUUCUCCACAUACUGCAAUGUUCAGGGGAAGGAGCAGCAAUUACAGAUUAUGUCUGGCCAGUAAGCCAAGCCAACAGCUGAGGACACCUGCCCAAAGGCCCUUUCUGUAUCAACAGGUGGGGGAGAACAUCCUUGAAAUCCACUGAGUUACUGAAGGCCACCCCCCUUAGUGGACUGCAUCUUGCAUGGUAGCACUUUACUAGCUCACAGAAAUCUUUCCUAGCCUAUUUGCACAGCCACGUCUUCCAGGUGCACUUUUGAAAAUCCUUGCUGUCGCAGAUGAACACACACUGGCCCAUCCCCAGAGUUUAUCACCAUGGAAUCUGUAAUCUGUAGCGUUUUGCUGGCCAGAAAGAGAAAAGAAGUCAACUUUCUCCCCCAGGUAGUCACCUAUAGGAGAACUUUUACUCACUGCGGAUAACCAGAUUGUGGGGAGGGGUUAUUUGCAAGCCUGGUGUGAUGAUGCAGGUGGGUGUCUUCUAGCACCUGAGUUUUGCUGGAUGGGACAGUGACCCUUCAGCAUGGAACAUGGGGUGGAGCACAUGCUUCUCUAAGGGCACGGUUGCUUUAUAUAGGCUUACUCACAUGCCAGAACCCUGAUGCCUCUCCAGCAUCUUCCGCCUGAGGUGCUCACAUCCACUCUGCCUAAUGGUAGGGCCAGCUCAGGCUAUAUGGAGUAGGGUGGCAAGAGACAAAGGAGCUUCUGUAACUUUUAACAGGUGCGCAGGCAUACUAACUUGUGCUGAGAGAAACUGUAUCUCCUGGGAUACUUUUUCUCCACACCUCUAAAAGAUAGAGGAGUCCUGUCCUCCUUCGGAUCUGGUCAUUCUAAUCUGGAGGUGUUUGAAGGAGAUGUCAAAUCCCAAGAAAGAGGCCACAACAGUGAAAGGGGUACUACAGAGUCAAGUGAUUAGCAAUAGACUGCAGGACAGACAGAAUAAACUAUUCCUCCCUCCCCCCCGCCCACUAUGCACAUUUAACUUAUUGGAACUCUCUGCCACAAGGUGUGAUGGCUGCUGGCUUAGAUUGUCAUGAAUUCAUAGGUGAUGCAACUGUUGAUGGAUGUUAGCUGCAGCUUAGGGAUGUGGCCUUUCAGUUGUCUUGGACUACAAUUCCCAGCAUCCCUGACUACUGACCACACUGGCUGGGUCCAAUGGGAGUUGGAGUCCAACAAAUUGGAGCCAUUCCUCUCAUGUUUGCACUGCUUUCACUUGAGGUUUCCACACAUAUUUGAGGCGAGUUAGGUGGCUGCCAGGCAGGGCCUUCUUAGUGAUGGCACCUCAGUUGUGAAAUUAACACUCCAGAGAGGUCCACUGGUGCUUACUUUGCUGUCCUUUUGGCACCAGGCAAAGACCUUUCCAUUCUUCUAAGCCUUUUAUAGAUUCAGUUUUUAUCCUGCUCACUGUUUAAUGAAAAAUAUAAUAAAAUAUUUUUGGCUGAAAUCUAUUUGCUCUCCUUUUACCCUCUUGUUUCUGCUCUCCUCUUAUCUACCUGUAAAAACCUCUUGUAUCUUCCCAGUAUCUACACACCAUCUUCCAGUUGCUUAGUCAAAAACCUACUCUAGGGCUCUGACUUCCUUCUCUCACUCCAAAGAGCAUUAUAAAACACGGAAGCCUCAGAUCUGUGAUUACAAACUACCCAGUCAUGCCAAAAGUCCAUUUGGCCUGUAAGAUAAGGCUAUCAAUGGAUGCUGGUCAUGGUAGCUACGGUAUAUAUUACCUCCAGGCAGGAGUGCCAACUUGAAUAAAAGAUGGGGAGGGAGGGCAGGUAAGCCCUGCCCCAUAUAAUAUAGCACAAAACACUGCACACACACACACACACACACACACACACACACACACACACCACCCAUUUGAAUGGUAAUGCCCAUCACCUUUGAGGAGAGACCCACUCAACUAUUUUAUUGGGGAGACCUCUGUUUGUAGGAGUUGGCUCCUAUGCCUCCAGGCUUCAGAGGACAUCUGCCUCCCCUUACCAGUUGCUAGAGACUACAGGCAGGAGAGUGCUGUUGCCCUCAGGUCCUGCUUGUGGGCUUCUGGUUGGCCAUUGGGGUGUCAGAAUGCCAGACCAGAUGGACCAGGCCAGCUAGGUUCCAGUUCAACAGUGCUUCCUAAAGUGGCCAGAUGAAUGCGUCCAGGACACCCAAAAGCAGGAGUUGAAGGUAAUGGCGUGCCCUUGUUGUUUAUCGUCAACAUUUGGGAUUCAGAAGUAUAUUUUCUCAAAACUUGGGUGUGCCUUUUAACUUUCAAGUUAAUAGCUACUGAUAGGCCUCUCUCAUUCAGUGGGAAAAGAGAGUUCAUUCUUAAUGGGGCAGAGUUCAUCUCUGUGGGGCAAGACCUCUUUCUCAGCUCCCCUUCCCCACUCUCAUCCCAAUUGGGACCAUCUGCAUAAUGUAAAAUAUGGACUGGACUCCUCCUUUUGCAAGGCUCUGAGAAUCCCAGCUUCCUUGUCUGCUCUGAUUCUCUUAAAUGUAAGAUUCUAGUCCUCACAGCUGAAGAUGCUUGAAAAUGAGUUGGCCACAAAAUAAGAGGUAGAAAAGAAAUGAGACCGUCAUAUUUUUCAGCUGUCAUUAUGUCUAAAGCUGUGUAAGUUUCUCCCCUCCCCUUCCCCAGGCUCUCAGAUUUUUCUCAUUUGUGGGAAACAACAAACAACUUGAAUAAGAAUAUGGUGUGAUGAGUGCAAUAUGUCUGCCAACUGUAGCUCUGGCAUCCUCUGUGCUAAUGAAAAUGAUCUGCAGACGAUGCUAAUUGCCUGCAUCUAAAAUAUGCCCAUUAGUGGCUGCUCUCCAGCUUGUGAUCUAUAUCCCAGGACCUAGGCUGAUCCUCCCCAUAACAAACAGCUUGCACGCAUCCACCCCUAAAAACCUGAACUGUUUUCCCCCUCCCGGCCUGUGCUUAAUUGCAGCUGCCAGACCUCUGCUCCCAAAAGGAGGGAGCUGAGAUGCAGCCCCAGGCCAGCAGCAGCAGCGCUGAGGCUUCCUCCAAGGACGACAGGGAACAGCAGCCUGCGGAAGUACAGCAUGCGGCCCCUGAAGCCCAAGCCACAGAAGGAGGUGAGCAUCAUUGUCUCAUGAAUAUGCUUUGUCCCGUGUUAAGCUGGCUCCCCAGCCUUUCCAGGGCUGCUGAGGGAAGGAGACAGCCUGGCCAUUUCCUUUUCUCUUACCAUAAGGUUGCCAGAUUUUUGUCAAUGAAUCCGGGGACACUUUUCAACUUUAAUGGAUUUUGUAUGGGGACAGAUUUGUAAAUCCGGGGACCGUCCCUGGGAAACAGGGACGUCUGGUAACCUUAUCUUACCGUGCUCCAAGCCCCCCUGUUUAUUGUGCAUUCAAUAUGGUUUACUGGGACUGACCUAAGCCUUCCUUUCCUAUAAAUGUGUGUCCCGUAGCUUGCUGCUGAAAUCCUGUAAGGUUUCAAGGCGCAAAUGCUUCUGCAGUUUCUUUCUUUCUUUCCACCGUGCUUGGGUUGUGCUGUGGUGCAAAAGUGCCCUUCCAGACAGCAAUAACAUGGUAGCACUGAGGAGGCGUCACACAGCAUCGAAUAAAGCGGAGUGGUGCAUGGACCAUCCAGUGACGCACCUUCCACUAAUGCACUGUGAUUACAUCAAUGACACAUUGCUGAAUACACCCGUGAAAGACCACCACUCUGGAGGGGCCUCAAGGCAUGUUCCCUCAUCCCAGAGCCACCAGCACUGGCGGAGGAAGGGGGGUGCGGCGGGUGCGGCCCACCCCGGGUGUCAUCCCUGAGGGGGGUGACAUUGGCCCCUGGGAUGCUUGCCCCACCCCCGGGUGCACAGCAUGUACGCUGCUCCAGGCUUCCCUGGGGAGCUUCCUCCAUGAGUGGGCCUUAAUAGCAGCUGUGCAUUCAUUGCCAUUAGCCUAGCGCUGUCUAUUGUGCCUAUAGCAGUGGUUCCCCAAGGCUCUUUCUAGCCCCCCUGCCUGAGCUCCUUUAAAAGGAGGUGCUGGUCUCUGACUUUUUGCAAGCAUGGCGUCACAGUCUCCAUCACUGGAGUCAGACCCUUCCAGCCUGGUCCAUCUAGCCCAGUAUUGUCCACCGCGACUGACGGUCGCUCUCCAGGGUUCCAGACAGGGAAUAUUCCCAGCCCUUCCUGGAGGUUUGAACCUGGGAAUUGGCACUGAACUGCGGCACCCCCCAAACAGAUUCUUUUUGGUGGGAUGCCAGAUCUAAAGCUGGUCCUAGGAUGGUGGGGUAACCACUCACGAAAGAGUGGUUCUUCCCUUGACAUUUAGAGGAUCAAGCAGAAAACCACUUGGACCCAUGUUUUCUAGGCAGGGUGCAAGCGGAAGUGUGAAGGAACCCUCUCAGCCAGAGCAGGACCUUUCCUGUGUUUUGCAAACCUUGGGCCUCAUUGAUCUGCAAACCUUGGGCCUAACUGGCAGGAAGGGUGGGGUAUAAACCGAAUGAAUGAAUGAAUGAAUGCUAAAUAAGCUGCUAUUUAUUUAUUGUUUGUUUGUUUUUGGUCUGAAGGGUGAGGUAAAAAUGCUUGAAAUAAAUAGAUACAUGCAAGCAGCUCUUUCUGUUGGAGAAAAGCAGCUCUGGGGAGGGCAGUUUGAAGCUAAGAAGCACAAGCUGGGUGAUAACUUUCCCCCUGGCUGCUUUUUCCAGAGCAGUUAUUUCCCCAAAGGUCCUUUUCCCAAAAAAGGCUCCAGGCUCAUGGUUAUGGUAGGGGACCUGCUUUGCACCCAGAAGGUCAUAGACUGAAUUCCUGAUCUUUUCAGGUAGGGUAAGCUCCUGUCUGAAACCUGGAAGAGCUGCUACCAGCCAGUGUGAAGCAGGGAUGGGGAACCUGUGGCUCUCUGGUUGUUGCUGAACUCCCAGCUCAAGGAUGGUGGGAGUUGUGGACUAACAGUAUUUGGAGGGCCACAGCCCCUCCAACUCUGGUGCAGAUUUCUGAGCUAGACGGGCAAAUGGCUUUGAUUCUGCACAAGGCAUCUUCCUAUGUCUUUGCAAACCGACAUUUGGAAUACUGCCAGGCAAUAAGCGGUGGAGGUAGGGGAUAUCUUUCAGUUGGAAAUGGCCGGCAAAGCAUCCAUUCAAAGCAUCUGCCUCCCCAGGUUGCUUUUAAGUUCAAAGCAAAACUGAUGGGCUGUUAUAGACAGGUAUACAUAUAUGUAGUUUGCCACUAUGGUCCAAACAAAACAUGACAGUGGGAGAUCUGUGCAGAAAGGAAGAUUUAAUAUUUAUUUCCCUAGUUUACAAAAACCCUCAUCUCUGCUAAUUGCCCUGUGGUCUAGUUGUACCCUAAAUCAUGUAUGAAUGAUAUUGCAGUGCAUUAAUCCGACUCUCAGAGCAUCAUUUUGGAGAUUGUCUUCAAGGGAUUUCCCCACAUUUGUGUCUUCAUAGCCUAAAAGCUACACUGUUUCCACGCUGUGGCAUAAAUACAUGUUUUGUCAGCUUGUCCCAAGUGACCAGUCGUAAUGGAAGUAUGAAUAAGAAAAAUAAUCAUAGAAGUUGGCUGCAGGCUGCCCCUCGGCCAAAACUGUCUCAGUAAAGGUAACUGAUCAUCCUGGCAAUCCAAAUCCCCCUCCUGGGUCAUCUGCUAUGCUGUGCUGUGUUGCCUGAAAUGGUUGGUACUCCUGAAAAUGUAGCAAACACCUUCAUAUUGGCAAGGGGCUUGUUGUGUGUCAUGCGUUGCCAUUGUGUUAUUGCUGCUUUCCUAUUGACUGAAGGCUAAUUGAGAUGAUAUAUCAGGGAGAUUUUUUUUACAUCUUUUACAUGCUGUGUAAAGCUUGAGGCUGUGGAAAAGACAAAUCAACAACAUGGAACUGGGAAGAGGAAAUGGGGACAGAGGGGCACUGGUGGCAAUGAAAUGGGCAGCAUGGAAGUGCAAGUGAGUUGUUCUUCCUGAUAAGUGGGCAAGCCUUUAUUGUAGGAAUGGGGGGGAACUGUGACCCUCCAAAUGUUGCUGGACUCCCUCCUCCUUGACUGUUGGCCAUGCUGCCUGGAGCUUAUGGGAGUUUUAGUUCAAUAGCAUCUGAAUACCCACAGGCUUCCCAUUACUGCUGUGGGGUCACCAGAUAUAGAGUUAUUCUAACCUAAAAGUUACAGAGCAUAGACAACCGAGGUGAAGUUAUCCCUGUCCAGAGAGGGUCAUAGCUGGGCCAUCAGAGGAGGCUGAUAGAAGGCACUCCAUGCCACCAAGGCCACUUGCCUCAAGUGACAGAAGUGGAGUGUAACCCCAUCCAGAACAGGUUGAGCUCCACCCAACUAGUUAGUGGCUCAGUCUUAUCUGUUGGCCAGUCCAUUUGUUGAUCAAGAUGGGGGUCUUAAGAGGCUCUUAAGCACAAUCAAAUGAAUUCUCAUACCCUGUGAACCACGGAUGCAUGAGGAGCAAGUCUCUGUCCUUCAACCUUGGUCCAAGCAGACACAGCACAAUACAUGCAAGUAGAAUUCGAGUGGAAGUUUGUUUGUUUGUUUGUUUGUUUGUUUGUUUGUUUGUUUGUUUGCUUAGAGUAAAUCAUAGGAGUGAGAGCCGAUCUGGAUGAGGACUGCAGUGGGGGCAGGCAAGGAACCAAAGCCUACUUAUCCCUCACCGGGGUGUGAUCCAGACUGGGGUCUCGUGUCUGCUGUGUACUCUUGCAAAACAACAUUUCAUGAACACUGACUUGUCUAGAAUGGCAAAAUUAGUGAACCACCUUGUGGGGGCAAUUGUGUGGAUGAAGCGGGUAAGCAAUAUAAAGGAGUUGGCAUUCAAGGUCUAUUGCCGUCAAGAAGUUGUUGCUGUUGUCCUUUCUAUGGGACCUCUAUAAACCAAGCAGCACACAUAAAACAAAGUAAAAAGACACAGCAGGCUCUGCCCUCAGGAUUACAUUCUGAGUAAAACAUCUUGUAUGAGGGGGAUGUUGGGAAAAGGGCAAGUUUAGAGGAAGAUGAAGGGAAGAAGCCAUUUAUUUUUUUAAUGGGAUUUUGUACAGUGGAAGGAACCAGACACAUGCCAGAAGGGGAGAGGAUGUUCUAAUGGUGGCAAGCAGCAAGGGAGACAGUGUGCAGUCAAGGAAUCGGGGAUUUGAUUCUGCCUUUAUGGGGCCCAAGACUUCCAAAGGAUGGAGAAGGGGCAUAGAAAAAUAUAUAUUUUUUGGCCGGCUGGGGGGAUAGCUCAGCCAGUGGGAACAAGGGAAUGAAGAUAGAAAGAGGGAGACAAAUUCAGGAAAGAGUAACUUGAUCAUAGCAACGAGCAGAACAAAUUAGGCGAGUGGAAUAAUUAAAAACAGAAGCAAAAGGAUUGAUGGAAAAGGCAGGAAGACCAAGCAAGAGAGCAGCUGCAAGAGUCAGUUCAAGAAGGAAUGGGGAGAAGGAACGAAAGCUUCAGCUGGCUGUGGAAUAUGUGUUCUUAGAAUAACUAGCAGCUUGCAGGAUGGUUUCCAUGAACAACAGGCAGGAAGGCAAAACAAGCUAGGAAUACUCCAGACCCAUUUACAUCUCUCUAGUGAUGUCUUAUGUGCAGAGAUGAAAAUAGGAAGCUGCCUUGUGCUGAGCCAUAGGCUAUGGGUGAAAUUCAGUGCAGCACUAUGUGGGUUAUGCACUCUGGGAGCAAGGUCUGCUUGUGCAACAGGAUCCUCUUCCUGUCCUCUUCCUCCCCACACCCUCCCAGCUCAGUAUUAUCUGCACUGACUGACAGUGGCUCUAUGAUCUCAGAAAGGGGUCUCUCCCCCAGGCCCACCUUGAGAUGCCAGGGGUGUAACCUGGAACCGUUGCAUGCAGAGCAGAUGCUCCACCCACUUGGUUACGGACCAAAGUGGGUGGAGGUGGAGGCAGGCACCCUGCCUGUUCCAUCUGCUUGGCAGUCAGAGAGGUGGGAACAUGAGCGUUUUGCCUUCCUUGGUUCUCCAGUAAAUGCCAAGUCUUACUGCUAUUAACAAGUUUCUCCUCGCAUAUAGGGUGCCAGGGGAGGGGGGGGGCAGGGAAGGAAGUUCUUGUAAUCCAUGUGCCCUGCACAUGAACCCCCAGCUAGCACAGCUGAUGGUCAGGGAUGAUGGGGUUCGGAGUCCAACCACAUCUGGAAGGUAUCACAUUGGCUACCCAUUCACUGUUGUAUGAAGUAAGCCAGACUCCAACAACCUGGAUCUGGAAGAGGGCUGGUGGCCUCCAACUCUGUAUUAGGGUCUUGGGGAGGAAUGUUUUGUUCUGCCAAGAGCUGGGCUGGUGGCUCUGUUUCUCAUCCAGAAGCAACCUUAAUUGACCAUUGCUGUGGCCUAAACAAGAACAAGAGUAGCCCUGCUGGCCUUAACAUCCUGUUCUCACAGUGGCCAACCAGAUGUCUCUAUGGGAAGUCUGCAAGCAGGACAUGACUGCAACAGCCCUCUGGCAUUCAGAGGCAGGAUGCCACAGAAACUGAAGGUAGUUCACAGCCAGCAUGGCUAGUAGCCAUUGAUAGCCUUAACCACCUCCAAGCAGGUGGCCAUCGCUUUGGGAUAGCAAAGCUGCCGCCUGCUGUAUUUCCAGUGAAUCCAUUAUCUGCGGCUUUUUCUCACCCCUUCAGAAGGUUUUUGUCAAGUGGGAAGUAGAAUAGCCAGCUAAUUAAAAGGGCAAAGCUGAGAUAUUCUAAUCCACUUGAGCAAUAGUGAUCAUAGGAUGAUCAGAGGAUGAUCCCAACCCAGUCAGAUGGGCAGCAAACAAAUAAUUAUUAAUAUUAGUAUUAGUACGUGGCAGGGUUGUUUCCACCCCCUCCCAAUGUUUCAAAUCUCAUUUGCACGUCUGCCUACACAUCUGUGCGGUUGGAUGUCCCCUGUCUGUCCACACCAGAGGGUUGAGAAGGGGUGUGGAUAUCUUCAUAUGGCUUAUGUUUUCAAAUCAGAUCAAAGCCGGUUUGUGGUAGAGGAGAAAACAUAUAAAAAUGCAGUAUUUUUCAAGAAACUACAGGAUAGAUAUGGAUUGGGGCUAACGCCAUGAGUUCAUGGCUCAGUGGGAGCAUGCUGGACACAGAUUAAACAGGAGUGUCUGCACAGCAUAAGGGUGUGAUGGCAUGUGUGUGUCUCAGUCCCUUUCCCCAAGGAUAUUCUCCUGCACCCCCAGCUUAGUAUUGCUACAAACUGAUUGGACUCUGUUUUCCCCAUUUACCAAUGCUAACCCGGUGGGCAUUUUAGAAGAAAAGUGUCUUGACAUAUGUCCAUGAAAGAUUGCCACUCUCCUUCCUGCCCUGCCUCCACAGCAGAUGUACAAUCCACACACACACUGCUGCUCUGCUUCUUGUUUCUGCCACUCUUCUGUGCUCUUUUUAUCUACUCUUCCCCAGUUGUUGCUGGACUGCAGUUCCUAUCAUCCCUGACCAUUGCUAUGCUGACUGGGGCUGAUGGGAAUUGGAGUACAACAACAUUUGGCAAGCACCACGUUGGGGAAAGCUGCCCUCUGUCUAAGCUGAUUUGCCAUCAGAUCUUACUGUGUGUGAGAGAUCCAGAUCUGCAAACAUUCAGCCAUUCUCCUGUUCCAGUGGCAUUCUGGCUGCAGUGAUCCUGGUCCUCUCCCUUGCCUCCCUCCUUUCCCUAAUUAAUUUAACAUCCACCCAAUUAAUUUAACAUUCAUUUCCUCCUGGGAAUUGUAGUUUGGAAGGGGAAGGAGGCACAUGAAUAAAGCUUCUGAACAGAUCAUUCUUAGCACCUUCCAAGAAACCAUGGCAGCUUAUGUAAUACAAAACCAAAAUAAGUUUAUGAUCAGGGACAUAGCAUUACUAACAUAUAAAAGGCUUGAGGAGUGACGACUGAUGAGCAUAUAAUAAGCUCUUUGAGAAUUGGAGUUUAUUCACGAAUCCUUAGCAUAUAAAACCUCAGGAUGGUGUAUGGCUAUGUGUAUUAUAUUUAUAUAAAUCACCUGCCAUAUACUGUGUUAAUCUUAAGGGCAUAUGAACAUUAGAAAACUGUUUUGCUCUCUGGUUCCCGCCCCUUUCUGUUUGCUCUUACUCUCCUUUGUAUCAUUUAUCAAAAAAUAUUGUUGACAAUUGUAAACUUGUCUAUUGAUAGUGAAUUGCCUUUAAUUCUUUUCUGGAUGUUUAUAUUGGAAAUUAAUCUUUUGCACUAUUUUUUGUUGCUGCUACUGCAAAUAUAAGCCUUGCAAAUGUGGCUACAGGGUAAGGCAAGUACCUAAGACUGUCAGGGUGCUUAUAUCCAGAAUUAUAAUUUAUUUAACUGCAUCUAUACCCCACACCAUUGCCAAAAAGGCUCUCAGAGCAGCUAACAAAAAUCAGUACUGAGAAUGCCAACAGGCUCACAGUCUAAAAAGGCAUGACACACAAGGAAAAAAGAAUGGGAGGAAGGAGAGGAAAGCAAGUUCAAGCACAAGUUCAUAGUUGCAGCUGAGGUCAGUGGCUGCUCUGGUUGUCUUGCCUUUCGCCAGUAUCGAUAGCAGUAAAGAAGCAACCGUUCCUGAGAUCUUAAAACCAAAGAGCCAGGCUUUGAGCUGUGCCUGAAAGCAAUGCUCACAAGAAGCUGUCCUUGUCUCCCCCAAUAUUUUUGGAUUUACUGUGACAGAAAAGGGCCCUGGAAUGCUGAGCUGGUAGAAUGGAUUGUACCACAUCAAAUUGCAGGUGAAGGAUGUCCUUUCUGAAGGCUUCCUUAUCUAAGGAAUUUUAUCCCUGCAAGUAAAAUGCACAAGGGGGAAAAGGUUCUGUCCAGACCUAUUUCCUCAUUUGACUGCUUGUGUAAACCAGCCCAACAAAUGUGAACUUGAGUUGGGCGGGUUCAAAGUGCCCCUGGGAAAAGAUUUAGCCUCUGGGCACCCCAUUCUCCCAAGGCCAACACUAGCCAUUGCAUUGUGCUGAUUCUAAGAAGCUAGGAAAUGUCUUCAGGUGAAUACUCAAGCAGCUUGUAUAAGGGCUAUAUGCUUCAGCUAAACUCUCUAAGGCAGGGAGAGGGAACUGGUGGACUUCAGAUGUAGAUGGACUAUGGCUCCCAUCAUCCUUGACUCUUGACUAAGUUAGCUAGGGCUGAUGGGAUUUGGAGUCCAUCCUUGGUAAUGAGGGAAAUAGAAUUCUGUUCCCCAUACAUGUUGUUAGGGGAGGGUGGUUCAGUGCAUGUGGCAGGGAAUGAGCUCUCACACACCCCUCUGUGUGAAAGCAUGGACAUGGUGGCCAAAGAUGAAUGAGGUUCUGUGUCUUCAUAUAAUGAAAAGAAGAAUUAACAGACCGUGCACUAGACUGGGACUGCUUUAUAAUGCAGCCAACAUUUCAGACACUCACCAAGCACUUUUGUGUCACAUUGUGGCAUACACACACAAUGUAGGUUAAGAGUUAGUGACAUGCUUCCUGCUUAAGCAAGGAUUUGAAGCUGGAUUUUCCCAGUCUUAGUUUGACAGUCUUAACCACCACCCUGACUUGGCCAAUCGCCACAUGUAUCUGCUUCACUUGAACCUGGGGCUCAUAAAUGCAGCACUCCUGAUUUGUGCACAUCACAAAACGAAUGUGUGUGUGUGUGUGUGUGUGAUUGUCAUGUGACUGUUUCCACAUGCAUUCUGUUUUCCUGCGUGCAAUUGCUUUCUGCGUAGGAAACGUGGAACAUUUGCAAGCAGCCCUGAGCUCCCACCCAGCACCCAGUCACCCACCCUUGCACACUGGGGACAGGAAAUAGCUGCGCAAGGAGGCCAUCUCAAUAUGGGAUAGAUCCUGGGGGUGGGAGUAGGUCUGUCUGGCUCUUCCCACACCUAUUUAUGGAACCGUGUGUGUGUGUGUGUGUGUGUGUGUGUGUGUGUGUGUCCCCUCUGCACGCGGAAACAAAAUGCAACGGUACUGAACCCCCGCAGCCUAAAGGCAGGAGUUGUUUGUUGCCCGUUCCUGGGCAUUCCCUAACUUUGUGCUUUCUGAAUAGUCGCCCCCCCCCCUUUCCCUUGUACGUGCGGAACCCCGCUUCUGAUUUGUUCCUUCUCUCCUCUCUCCCCCACGCGGGCACGAUCGUGGCUGCCAGCUCCUGACCCCGGCGCUGCGCCCACGGAGUCUUCCUCUUCCAUCUCUGCCCCCCGCCUCCCGCUCGUCCUUACCCUUCGCUCGCCUCCAGGGUGGCGGGGGACGCAGAGAGCUCUGCCGCCCCCCGCUCGCCCGCCGUGCCCGCUGCAGGCUCCACUGCUGCAAUGGCUCCGCGGGCGGGGGGUGGAGGCGGCGGCGGCGGCGGCGGUCUGGCUCUGGGAAGCUCUGGAGAUCUCGGCGAAGACAGAAGGAGGGAGGCAGAGAUGCUGGGGGCGGCGGCGGCGGGAGAGAAGCUGCAGAGGCUCCUCCCCGCCCUGGGCAGUUCCAGCCCAGCCCUGUUGUUCUGUCACUGAGCGCAGGGCUGCGGUGGCGGGAGUCGCCCCCUCCCGCGGGCCCCCUUCCCCGCCCGGCCCGCCGCCGCCGCGCUGCCCCUGCUCCAUGGCUGGCACAGUGGGUGACAGAGCCCAGCGCGGCCGGGCGGCACCAUGAGGGGCGGGAGCCGGCAAGGCUGCGCCUGCCACCACUUGUUCCGCAAAGUCCUGGCCAAGUGCAGCUGCUGCCCCUCCCGGGCGCGAGGUGAGUGGGGUGGGGCGGGUGGUCCUGGCAGCGACGCUGCUCCCCUCCCUCUCCCCCGUCCACUUUCUCUGGCACGGUCAGGGCCCUGAUUCUGCCCUUCCGCCUGCAGAAUGAGAGCCCGCUCUCCCCUGCCCACCCCCUGGGUGGGUGCCACCUGCCGGAUAACCCAGCGCUGCUUCCUGAAGUGGGCACCAGCAUCAAGCAGCGGGGCAUGGGCGUUGUCCUUCCUCCCUGCUGGGCAGCCUCACCUGGUGGUCCUGGCUGCUGCCAUCUCUUUGGAGCCACUCUCAGGCCCCCGUGGCUGGGGCAUCUUCAUCUCCUGCUAGCCCCUGGCACUAAAGGGCAUUUGCUUUCUAUGCUGGGCAUCUCUGCGGUUCGCCGGUGCCCAGGCUCUGAGGGAUGACUUUCCCCUCGUGGUGUCUCUCGUUGACACCCCCCCCCCCUUAUACCAGCCUUCCACUUUUUGCUUCCAGCUUCUUUGCUUUCAAGCAAGGAAUGGCACAACACAAUGUCUGUGCGUUUGCCAAGCUCAUCUUAGAGGUGCCACUCCCUUGUGGCCAGAGUUGAUGGGUGCUCACAGGAAGAUGGAGUGAGGUGGGGGUGGGUGGGGAGGUGCUGGGAAAAGUUUCUGGCAAGAAUCAGGAACGUUUGGGAAAUGGGUGGUCCUAUGUCUUAGCUGCCAAAUUGGGGGUUGGUGGGGACGGAGGUGAGAGAAAAAGUGAAGGGUGUUUGUGCAUUCUGUGGCUUCUGGUCCUUCUUUCUGUACACAAGUGUUAUUUUUAGCAUAUAUGAAUAUGCAUACAUCAUGCAGAAGAGAGCAUCCCUGCUUCUGUGUGUGCAUGAUUGUGAUUGUGUGUGCACCAAAACAGUGUAUUUAGAGUUGCAGAGGUAUUUGUGAAUUAGAACUCUUCACGCAUCUCUUUAGGAGCUGUGUGUGCAUCUCUGUGUACAUAGGUCUGUCUCUGUGUUCUACCAUGCUUGUGGGAGGCUGUGUGCACACAGAUGAUGUGUGUGCAUGGGUGAGAGAGUGUAUGUGUGUGUGUGAGGGAGAAGAGAGAUACACACACUAUGUGUGUGGGGGGGAGGCUGCAUGUGUGUAGAAAAAGCUGAGCAGGAGGAAGGUGUGUAUGUGUGUUUGUUUGUCCUUUGUGCCUGUGAAUGCACAUCUAACAGGCUGCGAAUGGAUUGGCUCCGAUACCCUUUUGGUGUGCCAUGCUCUGUGUGCAGGCUGGAGAGAGUGUACAGCACACUGUGCAUGGACACGUUUUAAAAACAGGAGCGACGCAGAUUACAAAGCACUUGGUAUGUGGAGAUGCCAAGCCAGCCUUCCAGGAGUUGCUGAGCAGAAGGGGUGGGGGUGGGGGUUAUGGUGCGCUUCAGGAGCUGGCUGUUGGGUGCCGUUACUUCCCCACUGCUUGCUACUGCCUCUGUUUCCAGCUUGACUUCAUUGCCCAGAAAGUCUAGGUUAGGUUUGAAAGCCAUUAAGAUUGGUGAUGGGGAAAUGAAAGGGUUAUGACCUGAGGAGCUGUAGUGGGGAUGGAGGUGGUGUAGAGCCAGGAGCUGUAUCCCUGGCAUUCUAAGAGUUAAAGCUGAUCUUGUAUGUGUAGGUAUAGAAUCAUGGGACUGUAGAGGUGGAAGUGACCCUAGAUGUCAUCUACUCCAACCCCAUGCAAUGCAGGAAUCUUUUACCCAACGUGACCCUGAGAUUAAGGGUCUCAUGCAGUACUGAAGAUAACCACAAUCUCUUCUUAUACAUAGCUCCUUUGCUGAUCCUUAUGCAGAGGCAUAGCUAUGGGGGGCAUAGCUGGGUUUUUUGCCCCGGGUAAAGCCUCCAGAGGGGCGCCAUUGUGGUUCCCAGAUAGUGUGUACGCAAAUGCACUGGUUAUGGCACUGGUUGUAUCUGUGGUUUUUUUUAUUUCAGUGAAUCCUUUCCCCAUUGAUUCUCUGCUUGUGAGCAUGGGCAUAGCCAGGAUUUAUGUUGGGGGGGGGCAGGACUUCAGUUAAGUAUUUUUAUUUAUUUACUUGAUUUAGGCGGAGGGCAGCUGUUCCCCUGCCCCCUCUUGGAUACACCCAUGCUUGCAAGUGUGGGUGGAGGAUAAGCACCAUCUCUUCUUACACAUAACUCCUUUGCUGACCGUUAUGUCUAGAAGUCCCUCCUAAAGGCUUGCAGCCUGCCAUGUGGAACCUCAGGAAGUUGCAGAGGUUCUGGGCCAUGUGCUUGGAAGCAGUGCAGUGCCCUGUCCAUGUAGGGUCCUGUCCAGGCCUGUAAGGUCCUUCUGGAUGAGAGUGCACCCCACAGCACACCUGAUACUCCUCCCUUGCAAAGGAAGCUCCAGCAAAAAAACCCGCAUCUGAGCCUGAGAAGGGCCCAGUGGCAAAGGGCAUCUGCUUUGCAUGCAGAAGUUCCCAGGAUCUCCAGGUACAUUUUGGAGAGAAUCCGUCUAAAACCCUGGAGAGCCACUGGCACUUAGUGAGCUUGGUGGACAAAUGAUCUGGCACGGUAUAAAGCAGCUACCUUUGUUUCUGUGAAGCUUGCCUCAUGGAGAAUCCUCUGAAAUAAUACAAUUUGAACACUGGGCUUAUUUUUGUGUGGAACAGAGCAAGAUGCACAGUUGUAUAUCCAUAUUAUAUAUGAAUGUAAAGGUUCUGUGUCUGUGUGAAUUGUGAUCCUAUACUUGGCUCCAGGGAGUCUUCUCAUGUCUUCUGCCCAGGAAGUUCAGCGAGGUGUACAUGGUUCUUCUCUCUCCCAACUUUAUCCUUCCAACAGUCCUGUGAGGUAGAUUAGGCAGAGAGACAUAGACUUGCUCAAGCUCAUUUGGUGAGCUUUGUGGCCAAGUCAGGAUUUGAACCCUGGUCCCUCGGAUCCUAAUCCAGCACUCUUAUCCAUUGCACCAAAGUGGAACUUAAGUAGAAUCUUAUUCUGGAUGCUCUUCUCCUUGGGUGUUGACUCUUGAUGGGGUUGCUCCCCUCCAAAGGUAACAAUGUGUGGGGAAGACAGACCAAUUCUGGCACCAGUGACUUAUUUGGGGGGAGCCCCACCUUAAUUCUAUUGUUAUGCUCAUACUCUAACAGAUGAACAUUUGGUUAGUAUUAAAUGAUAGUAUUAAAUAACUCCCAGAGAGAGGUGUGGAUUUUUAUUUUUUUAAGAGUGUUAUAUAUGCUGGUAAAAGGGACCCCUGACCGCUAAGUCCAGUUGCAGACAACUCAGGGGUUGCGGCUCUCAGAUCGCUUUACUGGCCAAGGGAGCUGGCGUUUGUCUGCAGACAGCUUCCGGGUCAUGUGGCCAGCAUGACUAAGCCGCUUCUGGCGAACCAGAGCAGUGCACGGAAACGCUGUUUACCUUCCCGCCGGAGUGGUACCUCCUGUUUAUCUACUUGCACUUUGAUGUGCUUUCGAACUGCUAGGUUGGCAGGAGCAGGGACUGAACAACGGGAGCUCACCCCGUUGCGGGGAUUCGAACCACCAAGCCUCUGGUUGGCAAGCCCAAGGCUCUGUGGUUUAGACCACAGCACCACCCGCAUCCAUACAUGCUGAUAUAGUGCACCUACACCUGUAAGUAGCACUGUGAUUCUUCUUAUCCCAAAUGUUGGGUUUGUAUCUUUUCAUUCAUUCCCAGACGUUCUGUGGGUUUUCCUUUUCAAGUUCUCUGCUCCAUUUCCACUGGGCCUCCCAAGGGUUCCCAAAAUUGGUUGCUGCCCGAUUACUUUGAUUUGAUGGGAUUGGAAUUGGGCCUCUUGGGUCCGAUGAGCAGCUGUAAUGAUGGUGGCUGUGGCCCUUAGUGAAACUGGAACAGAAGCUGCGGGAUCCAGGAAGCCUGACUUCUGUUCCCAUCUCUGAGAGAGCAGUUGGGACUUGUGGAGAAGCAGCUGGUAUUAAUUUCCUCUUCCUGAUUCAGAGAUCAGAGAUGGUUGUCCAUGUCCUUUUCCCACAGUCAACUGGCAGAAGUGUCCAUUGCUUCCACAUUCCCAAGCCCCCUAACCAUGGUAACAGAUCAAGUGAGAGGCAAGCUAAGCUUCCAUUGAGGAAAAAGGGGGCACUCUUAUUUAGGAGCCCCCCCCACAUUUAGACCUCCUGGUAUCGUUGAUGUUGUUAAAUUUCAGAGAGAGGAGCUCUGUGUUGGGAGUGCAGGUUUGAGGAAAGAGUGCCUUUAAGCAUGUGCAGUAUGUCUUCUCUCAAACCUUGGAGUGAUUGCAGCCAAUUCCGGUGCAUGUCGUGGGAUCAGGGGCAAACAUGUCUGCCACAAAGACACAUUUCAGCCAAGCGUAAGACUCUGCACCCCUUACUUUAGAAAUUAAGCGUUGUGGAAGGAUGAGGGUGAGUAGGCGGGACAGACCAGCUCCUCUUGCCUGCUCCACGCCACAGGAUGUUCCUUGAGAAUCUGACCCUGGAAUAAAUCCUGGCCCCGGCCCAGGCUUCCGUGACUCACCAUUCACGCUGCAGCUGGCUGCUCCGGUUACCAACAACUCCCCCAGUUUAGAUAUGGCUGGAGCUGCUCCCAGAUUGGGCGGUGGGGAGGGGAGCACUUGAUAUACACUGCCCCCUUCUUUUUCUCCCCACCUCCCUGCUCCCUCACCCAUGGCCUCAGCAAACAUGGCAUGGAAACAUUUCCUGUGGUGAACGCUACAAAACGGGUGGAAAAUCUGUGUGGCCUAGUGUGAGGAGGCUUCUUGGCUUGAGCCAAGCCAGGUAUCGCCAGGGCUUAGAUCCGGGAAUUGGUCUCAUGAAGAAGGCAGGGACUCUGAGCUUGUGCAGAGCGUAUUUUCCUCCACAUUAAGACAGCUACAUGAUCUGAAAUAGAAGGAAGAGUUUCCAAGUCAGACAGUAUCAGGUUUUUGGCAGGCCCGAGGCUUGGCAUUUCUCUUUUUAGAAACUCCAUUCUGGGGUGGGGUGUGUGCCUGUGUGUUUCUUCUGUCAACCCUAAAUAGAGAAAGAAAAGGAACAUCAUUAAUCAAAUAAUUGCGUUUUUAUACCACCACCUUUCUGCCAAGGCAGCCAACAUGGUCCGGCUGGAUUGCAGUGAAUUAUCAGUCAGCACUUCUCUCUACCUCUGUGGAGUUUAAUGCAUUAGAAUUCAGGUUAUGAGAGAACAGAAGAAGAGCCCUGCUGAAUCAGGCCAAAGGCCUCUCUAGUGCAUCUUUCUGCAAGAGAACAGCAGCACUCGUGUGAUUUCUAGCAUAUUGCCUCUGGAGGUAAUAUAGUCACAAUGACUAGUAACUAUUGAUAACCUUAUCCUCCAGGGAUUUGUUUAAUCCCUUUUAAAAGGUAAAGGUACCCCUGCCCGUAUGGGCCAGUCUUGCCAGACUCUAGGGUUGUGCGCUCAUCUCACUCUAUAGGCCGGGAGCCAGCGCUGUCCGCAGACACUUCCGGGUCACGUGGCCAGCGUGACAAGCUGCAUCUGGCGAGCCAGCGCAGCACACGGAACGCCGUUUACCUUCCCGCUGGUAAGCGGUCCCUAUUUAUCUACUUGCACCCGGGGGGUGCUUUCGAACUGCUAAGCCAUCCAAAUUGGUGGCCAUCACCACAGCCUGUGAAUUCUUUAGUUUAUGUUUGUGGUGUGAAGAAGUACUUCAUUUUGUCCGUCCUGAACUUCCAAACAUUUGGCUUUCCUAUAUUAUGAGAGAGGGAAGAAAAACUUCUCCAUAUCUGCUUACUUCACACCAUGCAUAAUUGUUCACCUCUAUCACUCAACUUUUCCCCUUCAACUAAAUAGUCCCAAAUCUUAUAACAUUACCCCUUAGGAGAGUUGCGCCAACCACUUUAUUCACUUUUGGCUGUUCUUUUCAGCUAGUAUUUAUUGGUUUUACUUAUCUCUGGGGAAGGAGCAUUGAAUUGAAGUAUCAGAAUUGGAGUAUAACUCCCUUUGCAUUUUGCCAGCGAGGAGCAGACUGCCUGAGCAGGAUGAAAAUUCCAACUGGGCAAAGAUCUGCUGAUUGGAGCCAGGAGCACCUAAUACUUUCUACCCAAUACCACUCCUGUAUGCUCUGUGUUACCUGAUUCAGAAUAUAACUCCCACCCACUAAGUGCCAUACCUGCUGCCACAAACAUGGAUUAGAAUCCUUACUUUGCCCCUAAGCAUGCGGUGAAAAUCUGGGAGAAUAUCCAACCCUUCCACCAGUUCUUUAGCCACUUUGAGGGUGAGUGCUGCAAGGUGGUUGCAAGGUGAUAGAAAACAUGUUAACUAAACCUUAGUAAAGGCAUAGCCAGGCUGUCACUGUUUUCAGGUGAGAUUAAAUCACAUGCCACCCAAAUUCAUGUUGCACAAGUAUGGUUGGUUAGGAAGUCUAGCACAGCAAACCUGUUUCCCCCAAGAUCAGGCUUUCUGUGAUAUGGAAAGUGAUGAGAAAAUGCGGUGGAAAAUGUGAUAACGCUUUCUUUGAUGCAAUGUCAUUUAACUUUCCUGUGAACAAAUCAGAAUGAAAGCUCCUUAAUUAGCCAAAGUUGUCUAAUCUCACUAAAAAAUCAGGAUGAAGGCUCAAUAAACACGCCAUCUAGAAGCACCUUGAUCUUGAGCAUAUGAUGGCCAAGUAAUCUCAUUAUAGGCAUUUGUAUCUCUCUUCUCCCUUGAACCUGUUUGUCAGGUUCAGAAUCGGCCUUACUCUGUCUCCUCUCUCUACUCUGGUGGGUAUCCUCCUGCCAGGCGCCCAGAAGCUUCUACAGUUCCUGUCCCAGACAGGAGUGGAGUUGGAUGCUAUUAGCAGUCUGGAUGAAAUGGAAGCAGCUCUGCUUAUUACCCCACAUUCCAGCCUUCCAAAACUAUUGCUGUAAACAGUAAAUAAUUCAGGACGCUGGUCCCUUUAUUUCAUAGUAUAAAGCAGGCUUCCUCAACCUCGGCCCUCCAGAUGUUUUUGGCCUACAACUCCAAUUAUCCCUACCUAGCAGGACCACUGGUCAGGGAUGAUGGGAAUUGUUGUCUCAAAACAUCUGGAGGGCCGAGGUUGAAGAAGCCUGGUAUAAAGGAAUAACCCAGCAAAAGCUGCCAUGUAAUAAGGAUUAAUGCACAAGACCCCAUUUUGCAACAGCCAUCUAUUUGGGUCAUCAUGCUGAUUGUGUAGAAGGGCUUGUCUGAUGAGUAGAAACCGCCAUUUGGAUUGCCACAGUGAACAUGGAACUGCGAUGUGAUGAAGAAAGAAAGUAGCUGUAGCAAGCAGACCAGCUGUGCAAUAUCAGUCCUAAUAAAUGAAAUAAUAAUAAAUGUACCAAGUCAGACCAUUGGUCCAUCUAGCUCAGUAUUGUAUAAACUGACUGACAGCUCUCCAGGGUUUCAGACAGGACAGUCCCAACCUAACCUGGAAAUGCCAGGAAUUGAAACUGGGAACUUUACAUACAAACCUCUCCUUCACUGGAGGUUUUUAAGCAGAGGUUGGAUGGUCAUCUGUCAUAAAUGCUUUAGUUGAUAUUCCUGUUUUGCAGGAGGGAUUAGACUAGAUGACCCUCAGGGUUCCCUUCCAACUCUACGAUUUUAUGAUUCUCCCGAUGAUCCAUAGCCCUUUCCCAAGCUAUUUUGGUGAAGGAUGGGCAAGCUUUUGAGUUUUGCUGAGCUUUGUCUAGAAGAAUAGAAAGGUGACCUGUGUGUGUGUGGUUACUUCUAGCAUUACUUUUUCCUUCCCUGUAUUCUGAAGAGGUGUCUAGAGAUCAACACAGAUGAAUAGGCUUUUUAAACCAGAAAAUGAUCUCUGAGGAUGUGACUCAGGUUCGUGUCUGCCUGCCAUCCUUUCAGAUGGUUUGUGAUACAUAAGAACUGCCUUGCUCAAUGAAACCAAGAUCCAUCUAGCCUGCUCCAAAAUUCAUUAGGCAGACAUGUUAGGCAGAUACAUAAAUUCUAAAGUCCCUAUGAGUUGCUUCCCUUAUGUGCAUCUUGACCAGAAUGUGAAAUGCUGGUCUAACACAUGGUUCUAUGGAGAGAAAAAGGGUUCUUGCUAAAGCAGAUUCUUAUAGCCAUUUGAAGUUGAGAGUGCUUGAAGUUGCUCUGCCUCAAGGUAACUUACCUGGCGACCUACUCUAAACCACGAGAUUCAGUGUGUGCAACUUCUGGUCUUUAACAACCUGAUAGGAGCUGAGGUCUGUGGAGCAUCCUUUGGACCUGGGAAGGCAGGGCUAUUCUGACAUGAAGGUAGAGUAGUCUACUGGUGAAGGUCCAAACUAGACAUGAUGUUAAAUGCAUAGUUGCAUUUAAAAUACCUAGUUCUUUCUUACCCAUCGCCCAUGCAGGUGGUGUUCCUUAGUUCAUUAACUAGUUUGGUUACCUUAGGGAAGCCACACUUCGUCAGACACUGCCUGCUAAUCUGCAAUGUGAAUUGGUGCAUGGUUUUUGAAACUUGAAGGCACUAUAUGCUGUAUAAAUACUAACUGUAUAAAUAAAUUAUAGUGCUGUAUAAAUACUAACUGUGGUUACAAUAAACAGCAGGAAUGGCUUUGUUUGCUGGAUUUCUUUUUGCCCAGUUACUUUUCAAGAUACAGGAGUAAAAUCAGGUGGCAACCCUAUCAGUCUUUCCAAAGGGGCCACAUAUAACUAUCCUGGUUUAUUUCCCAGAUGCCCAGGGAUGAUUCUGUACUGGGCAGAUGAGGUCACAUUAGGCUUUGGUCACAGUAUGAACCAGCCAAUAAUCUGCACUGUAGGGGUGAAGGUUUAUGUUUCCCUGAGGUCAACAUUCCCCUACAUUGAUGCCGAUGCAGCAUCUGCCAGUUGACACAACUGCAAAGCAGUGUUGAAGCUGGGAAAGAGGAGAAGGAGUCAAUUAUGGCAGGAAAACAGAUAUGGCUUCAAGAAGGAAGAGGAGGAGGGCCUUAAAGUGCAACAACAAAUUCUGCGGAUGCGUCUCAGACCCAGUUCUGAUUUACAGCUCCCUGAAUCUUGUUGACUGUCUUUGAGUUAUCCAGGAACGUGUAUUGCUUCUCUGCUGAUUGUGACUUAUUUGCGGGAGUGCAUGUCCCACCCCUGAGAAGAUCAAGGCUGUUGAAGUUCUGAGUGGCUUUAUCAGAGUAUUCUGGGCAUGCGUUUGUUGAAUUGUAGUCUGCUCAUUGGGCAUUCCCUCCACCUGCAGGUAAGGCUUAAGACAGCUGUUGCUUCCCUUGGGGUUUGUAAUGCGGAUGCAAAACCUGUGCUACCCAGAGUCCUUGUUCACAUUGCAAAUACCUUUAAUUUGUUUUCUCUUCUGUUUGAAUGCUAACAGAAAUAGUGCAAAAGAGGCUCUGGGGUGGUGUAAUGGUUCGAGUGUUGGAAUGUAACCUAGGAAACCAGGGUUUGAAUCUCUUCUCAGCCAUGAAGCUCACUCACUGGGUGACCUUGAGCCAGUCGCUGUCUCUCAGCCUAACCUACUUCACGGGAUUGUUGUGAGGAUAAACUGGGGAUGAGAUCACUUUGGGAGAAGAGGUGGUAUAUAAAUGUAAUAAGCAAGCAAGCAAGCAAGCAAGUAAGUACCGUAUUUUUCGCUCUAUAACACGCACCCGACCAUAACACGCACAUAGUUUUUAGAGGAGGAAAAUCCGUAGGCAUGCCACCCGUAGGCAUUUCCUCCAUAACACGCACAGACAUUUCCCCUUACUUUCUAGGAGGAAAAAAGUGAGUGUUAUGGUGCAAAAAAUAUGGUAAGUUUGCUUUCAUGACUAACCUGACCAUAAACCAUAGAGAAUUCAUUACCUCACACAAUGUAUUGUGGGCAGGGUGGGGAGCAAAUUAAAGGGAAACUUGUACCAUUUUGGUGGCACCUACAGUAUGGGAAAGAAGGAAGGAGCCGGAUCACACAACUUUAGUGAGAGGAAAAUGAGCAGAUGAAGAACCUACCCAUUUGACAGUGACAUAAAAACCCCAUACAUACGCUAUGCAGAAGAAGGAAAAUCAUUACCCCGCUUCUCUCUCCUCACCUCUUUCUUCCCCCCUCAACCUCACAAUGCCUAUGAUAGCAAUGUCUCCCCCCAAAUGUAACUGACCUAUAGAUAGGACUCUACGAACUGAAAACAGAGAUGUUACAAGCAGUGCUAUUUUCCUAGAAAAAGAAGUGCCAGAAUUCACUAUGAACGGCUCCCUUGUUCUUUUGUAAUGGCAAUGGCAUUGGUGCCCACCAGAGAGGUGCCGGAAUGGAGUUAUGCUAAAUUCUAGCUGAAAAAAAGCUCUGGUUAUAUGUACCUUUGUUAUCCAUGAAAAUCUUUCAAUCAAAACAAUUUUUAAAAAUAUUUAGUGAGGGGAUUGGGCCUCCUGUUUUCUCUUAUAAUCAUUAGGGAUAAGGGUACUCCCAGACUCUUGCUAUUUUCAGGUGAGAUUCAAUUACAUACUGGCAAAUUCAAGCUGCAAAAUUAUAGUUAAUUGGGAGGUCUUACACAAUCUACUUCAGCCCCCCAAUUUUGCAAUAAGGAAAGUGAUGGGGAAAUGUACUGUAAAAUGUGGGAUAACACUUGCUUUUGACACAACCUCAAGCUUAUCCGCAUCAGAACAAAAUGUGGACCCAAUGUCAUCCUGGACAUUUCUCCUUUUAAAUGCAGGGCUUUUCCUAUUCUGACUUUGCAGUGAUUCAGUAAAAACAUAUUUAAAGUGUGGGAAGGUCUGGGGGAAAAUUGAGAUGGGGAGGAUAUUGUGUGGAUGCCUCUUCAUUAAUGGGGAGACAGUUCAGUAUGAAUAAACAUCUUCCCAAAGUACUUACAGUCUGUGCACAUGUAUUUGAAAUACAUCAUGCACAUCAGAUUGGCACGACACUCUACCUAUGAGUGUCAUUCUGUUGCCUACUCAUAUGGGCCUUCUGUGCAGGAAAUGAAGUGGCCCUCUAAGGGGACUGAAGGGAUUAUUCACACCGCCAUUGGGUUGUUUUCUUUUGUUUUCCUGCCUGGAUCCAGCUGCACUCAUGGUAAAUGGGUUUUCUGACCUUGAUCAGAAUCUACACUGCCUCAAACCUUCAAAAAUGGGUUGAAUGGGGCACAGGGACACAACUCCACUUGUAGCAAGUUAUUCAGAUACCAUAUUUGUGAGGAAAUUGGUUUCAUUCUGGCAAAAACUCUCUCUCACUCACUCUCUCUCUCACACACACUCCAGAGUAAAGUGGUUUAAUGCAAGCAGAACAAUUGUGUAAAUUAUAACCUGUGACCCGCAAGAUGUUCUGACUACCAUAAUCCCUGACUAUGCCCAUCGGGGCAGGGGCUGAUGGGGGAGCUGGAGUUCAGCAAGAAGAAGAUGAUGAUGAUUAAAUUAAAUUUAUAUACUGCACUUCAUCUGAGAAUCACAUGGCAGUUUACACUAUUUAAAAUGAUGGGGUGGCUAAAGGAUGUCAGAAUAUGUAAUUGACAUUACGCAGCCAUGAGUCGGUUCUUUUACUUUUGCUUGCUUGCUUCUACCGAGAAACAAUUAUUAUUGCCUCUCUAGCCCUAUUAGUCAUGGUGGAGGGCUGGCUUGCUUUUUCUUUUUAAAAGAUGGACACCUGUGGGGUUUCAUGGAACUGUGGGGUAUUUGCAUCUUAUGCGUUCUGUGUCUUUAAAAAGCUUUCCUAUUCACAUUUGUGAUACUUGGUAGAGCGAGGGCACCUGGUGUGACUCUGAAGCUGACCUUUGUGCGCUGUUAGUGGUAAUACUCUGAAGGCACAUCUCCCCUGAAACUACAGUUCUCCUUACUCCUUGCUGCAAUAGUAAAAGGCUUGAAACUAUUGUUCAAUCCAUGGUGGUGGUCAUGCUGCUAUUAUUAUCAACGGAUUACACAGUGCUUUGUAUGUGCAAAGAAUUUUGCAGUCUUCAUCUGUUUUGCCUUCUCAACAUAUUUGCGAGGUGAGUUGCAAUUAUUCCCAGAUGGAAAAAACUGAGGUUUGGGAACAGGGGGGUGGGGCAGGAGCGUCUUUGCCAAAGGCUGCUUAGCUGGUCUGUGACUGAGCAGGGAUUUGAGCUGGUGUCUUUAUUCCUCCUCCCUAACCACUAGACCACACAGGUUUUUUGCCUACUACUCUGGGCUGUGACUUUCAACCUUUCCAUAUGUAGGAGUGUCAGCAUGGGGUCUUCUCUCAGCUCUUUUUUUGACUUUUUUGAUAUUCUUCCCUGCCCUAUGUGAAAUUAUAAAUCUUUGCUGUUUCCAUCUUUCCCCUUCCCGCCACCUUAUUUUCUCCCUUUCUGCCCCACUAUUUCCUUUUUGUAUCUGUGGCCAAUGGCACAUUGGUCAGGUCACAAAACUCCACAGCUGAAGAUCAGUGUCCUAUGAGAUCCCAUAGAUACAGAGGAUAUCUAUUCUAUUCUGAGUUUUCAUCCCUCUCUGAGGAGAAAAAGGGCUACAGCUGAUUAUGCAUUUUAAUUCAUUUAAAUGCAUGCAAAUUUAAAAUGACACACUGUUUUGCAAGGAGGCAGAGCUGAAAAGAAUGUUUUUUUAAAAAUCCUUGCUUAGUAACUCCCUAAUUCUGUGGGUGGGUUGUCUAGUCUAUGUAGUGCAAUGGAUUAAGGAUAUUCUGAUUAAAAGACGGCUGACAAUCUUAUAGUGAAAUUUUGGCAUAUAUGGUGAAGACAGACACAAUAGAAAACAAAGACUUGUGAAUUCCUCAGCUGUGGGGGCAAGUCCAGCUUCCACCAGGCUUUACAAUUUGAACUAUUGUAUAAAAGAUAUAUAUCAGUAUAACAAUUGCUGUUUCAGCCAUCUAUCUAUCCCCCCUUCCAUUUAUAUGUUCAUCUGUAAUUUCAUACUUAAACAUCAUAUUUCUGUGAUAGUAUUCAAACUGAUAUGUCAAAAACAAUUGUACUAAAUUACUAUAAACCAGGCAUAGUGAACAGGGGGUGUUUUGUGAUAUUGUAGGUCAAUCAGUACAAUCCACAGCUGGCUUCUGCUGUAAAAACUUGCUCCCCUUGAGUUUAGAACUUAAUGUGCUGAGCCUGCUUGAAAAUUGGUUCCAUUGCUGUGCAAAUGUUACACCUAUAGAACAGUUAUUGUUUCACUUGCUGAAGGUGUGUCCAAAACAGCAUAGUCUGCAGCAAAAGAAGGAAAAAUGAAUUGCAGGUGAAUCCACAUCAUACCUUUUGAUCUAUUUGAAUGCCACUUCCUUUUGUUGUUAUUGUUGUUUACACAUUUAUUUAUUUUUGUACAGUUGACCUGGGAAGAAUGGUAACACUGUUCUCUCCCCCCCCCCCCCGUCAUUUUCCAUCCCUCUCUUCUGUGAUCAGAGUGUUCUUCUAUUUAUUUAUUUUUAAGAGAUGAUUGCACCCAUUCAGUGCCAGAUCCACUUUUUUGUGUGUGUUUGCUUUGGCAAGAUGCUCUUCUGAGGCUCCCUUCCAACAGAGAGAGGAUGUGUAGGAAAUGUGGAUUUGUACUGGUACACUGAGAGAACACCUCCACUACAGACUUAAUUAACGAGAUUUAAAAGAAAUUCCCUAGGAAGUAAAUUUGUGAGUGGGACUAGGAAUCUCAGUAGCAUCACUAAAAUACAGUUCCCUGGAUUCUUGGGGGGAAGCCCAAGAUGCUUAAAAUGCUAUACAACUAAUAAAAUUUUGUAAAGUAAAUAUGUUCUGAGAGACAAAAGGGACAUGAAACAGGGCAGGUGUGGUGGGUUUGGAUGCACCCCAAGGAGUUAUACGCCUGACCCUUUACUCUCAAGAGGUUGCCUCAAAUUGAGUCACACCAAUGGUUCAUCUGGCCCAGUAUUGUCUGCUCUGACUGGUAAUCCCUGUCAAGAUUUCAGACAAGGAGGUUUUCCCAGUCCUGACUUCUGGGGAUUGAAGUUGCCUGUGAUGCAGAUGCUGUUCCACUGAGCUGCCUCUCACAUUGCUAGGCUUGUCAUACCAGUUUUUACCACACACCUUCAUACACUGUUUCCCCUAUCCUCACAGCUACUCUUGCUGUUUGACACAUGACCAUAGCUCAGUGUAACGGCUCAUCCAGACUUCCUUUUGUAUCAUGUUUCUAGGCACAGGUCUGCACUUUAAAGCUCAGUCUCUGAGCCCUAGACCCCCCCCUCCUUUUUGCCACGAAACAAUUCUGCGGUAAAACCUGAACGGCCAUUUGUUCAAAUUCAGCGGUGAAGGUAAAGGACCCCUGACAGUUAAGUCCAAUCGCAGACGACUCUGGGGUUGCGGCACUCAUCUCACUUUACAGGCCAAGAGAGCCAGCGUUUGUCUGCAGACAGUUUUUUCCAGGUCAUGUGGCCAGCAUUCUGGCGCAAUGGAACACUGAAACCAGAGCAGCGCAUGGAAACGUCGUUUACCUUCCUGCUGGAGCGGUACCUAUUUAUUUACUUGCACGUUUUGUCAUGCUUUUGAACUGCUAGGUUGGCAGGAGCAGGGCCUGAGCAACGGGAGCUCACCCCUUCUGAUCGGCAAGCCCAAGAGGCUCAGUGGUUUAGACCACAGUGCCACCCGCGUCCCGGAUCAGUGUUAAAGAGCAAAGAAAAAAGCACUUUGACACAGACCAGGAGAGCCCAGUGUGAGGCAAAAGAUAAAUGUGGGUGAGCCCAUGGAGAAUGUGCUGUGCAAACAGAAGGUCCAAUUGCUGGCAUCUUCAUUUUAAGAGAAUUUCAGGCAGCAGAACUUGGAAAUGCCCUCCUCUGCCCAACAGCUUUGAGAAGAAUCUGCGUCUGAAAGACAUACUGGACUAGACAGGCCAAAGGUCUGACUCAGGGGUCUUCCAGAUGGGUCUUUGUUGCAGGGUCAGUGCUGCUCAUGGUGGUGAUGGUGAAGUUGGAGUCUUUUUUGGUAGUAUCCACACAAUACAAACAGCAUCAAACGCCAGCCUGUAAUCUCCUGCCCUCUAAUUUAAUAUGGAUUUGCCCUUUCUGUGGAAAUUCCAGCAAAUUUUUAAUAAAUCAGUUGCCAGCUACAUGUUUCCAACAUCUGUUUAUAAUAUUAAGUUCCUGUCCGGAAACACCAACACUCUGUAAGUUCCGUAAGUGGGUCUCUUUCUGGGGCCCAAUUCUUAGGUUGUCCCUGCAAAUAUCUAACCCGCUUGUCUAUUUUUCACUGUAAUAAUGCAAGAUAUUCCCUCCACCUCAUUAAAAUAAACAUAUCUAAUGAGGAAAGUGAUGGCAUGGUCUUGCCGGCUGUGGGAGGGACCUUAUGUUAAUCUCUCCACUGUUUUCCCUGGAGUGAAUCUUCAGACUUAGAGUUCCCUUUUAGUAUCCUCCUGCUAUCCUGGCUCUAGUGUGUGGCCUUGCCAUCCAUCAGUGCUAGGUUGUGUCUUCUCUCCUCACUACCCCCUUUGCCCCACCCAAUAUGAUAUAAGAGUCUAGAGGGGAUGGGGAAGAAUCUGCUUACCUGAGUUUCUUUUCACUUCUGGGGGUAUAAACGAUUUUUUUCUGGCCAUAUUGCCUUUGGAGCAUAGUUUGGGGUGAGGCCUUGUCUUGGAGGUUCACACAGAAUCUUAUAAUUGGAAGGGACCAUGAGGGCUAGUCCAGCAUUGCUGCUGUUCAAUUUUAAUUGAAAUUUGAUGAAGAUUGUAAAAAAAAAUUAAUGAUUCUUUGUCUUUUUAUUUAUUUCAUGAGCCACCCUGGGUUCUCUGGGAAGGACAGAGAUCCAUCAGAUUUCUUAAGGGGUUACUUGGAAAGGAACAGGAGUUUCUGGCAUGCAACUAGAUUGACUGUUGCCCAUGAUCAUUCAUCACUUCUCCUCUCAGAAAUGGCCCAUGUGCCUGAGGCAGACAAUCCAAAUUAUUCCCCACCCAGUGGUAAAAAAACAAAACAACUGACAAUUGACAAUUUGCUUUUCUUUUAUUGGUAGCUUAAAGUCUUCUGCCUGAGGCAAGUUGCCUCAUUCUGUCUUAUUUAUAUAUGCUGUUUAUAUAGUAACAUUUCAGGCUGACCUCUCAAAGAAUUGUACAUAAAAUCAUAGGAUUGUAGAGUUGGAAGGGAUCUUGAGGGUCAUCCAGUUCAACCCCCUGCAAUGCAGGAAUCUUAGUGGAAGCAUCCAUGACAGAUGGACAUCUAGGCUCUGCUAAGAACCUCCAAGGAAGGAAAGUCCACUGCCUUCUGAGGGAGUCUGUUCCCCUGUCGAACCGCUCUUAUCAUCAGAAAAUAAAAUUAUUUACAGUGAUGAGCAUCAACUAAAAAUGUAUACAUACAUUAAAACCAAAAAGGCAAAGGAUUGCUUGCCUCAAAUAAGCUAUAUCUGCUUUUUCUUCCCUCGGGGCAAGAUAAUGGUGAGAGUUAACAUAUAUGAGGUAGGGUUGGCCUUUACCACUUCAACUCAUGCUGUUUUUAUAAUUGCUAUUUAUUUGUUUGUUUACUGUUUUUACAGUGCAAUUCUCUACAUGUUUACUAAGAAGUAAGACCCAUUGAGUUUCAUGGGAUUUAGAGUGGCCAGGUGUCCUACUUUAUGAAAGCCAGUCCUCUAUUUUGAAGACCUCUCUUUAAAGGUGUCUUCUGUUUGAGGGCUGCCCGACCAAGUCUGUUUUACAGAUAAAGAGCCAUAACAAGGGAGAGCAGGGGCGCUGAAGUUGCCCAUCAACAGCAUCACCUGGUCAGCAGACUCAGAAGCUGAACGGAUCACCUGGUGUCUUCCUCACUAUGGUGAGAUGUUCUGAACUCUAUUGAAAUUUUAGCAAUUAUUUCAAAAUUUUUCACCUGUACAUAGAACCAUGUGCAAAUUUUAUGUAAAAUGAUGCCCUCUUUCCCCCCCUUUUUUUUGGGUGAUGCAAAUUUUUUUUUGGGGGGGGGAACUUCCUCUCAGGUAGGUGUGUAUAGGGCUGCAGCCUUGGAGACUGAGGAUCUCUCACUGUAGCUGUUCAGCCAGAGUUCUUGCACAGCAUCUUAAGAUACAGGAAGGAAAAGCUUUGCGAAACCAACAAGCCUGUUCCCUCCUCCCCCUACACCAGUAGCAAUUCUUGACAAUGAUCUUGUGAAUCCCUCCCCCCCCAUGGGCAUAGCCAAGGAGGGGUGGGGGACAGCUGCCCCCCAUCAAGUAAAUCAGUAAAAAAUACCGUAUUUUUUGCUCUAUAAGACUCACUUUUCCCCUCCCAAAAAGUAAGGGGAAAUGUGUGUGCGUCUUAUGGAGCGAAUGCAGGCUGCGCAGCUAUCCCAGAAGCCAGAACAGCAAGAGGGAUUGCUGCUUUUGCUGAUCAGCUAUCCCUCUUGGUGUUCUGGCUUCUGGGAUUCAGAAUAUUUUUUUUCUUGUUUUCCUCCUCCAAAAACUAGGUGCGUCUUGUGGUAUGGUGCGUCUUAUAGAGCGAAAAAUACGGUACUUAACUAACUGAGGUCCCUGCCCCAUAAAGUCUGCCCCCUAACAUAAAUCCUGGCUACACCCAUGCCCCCCUUUCCUUUUUGAUAUUGGGUGCAGACAUCUCUUUUCCAUGUUCAGUAACAGAAAUAAAAGAAGGGGGUGGGGACUCUAAAGGCAAUUUCCCUGCUACCCUGGCAGCAGAAGCCUUGCAGCAAGACUGGCCACACACACACACACACACACACACCUUCCCCAUUGUAUAGUACUGGAUCUGGACACUGUUACUCCAGUCUUUAGAAUGAAAUACAUUUCUUUCACGAUCUGAGUAGAAACACCUUAUGGUAGCAAGGAGAUUAAAGAGCAUUACGAAUAUACCAGUCUGCACAAUGUCUUCUUGAGUACGCACCCUUGGCGAACGCUUUCAAGAGGUUGUAGGAAGGAGGAGGAUGGAGCAUACAGUGAGAGCUUGAGAUAAAAUAAUUAUUCUUGAUUUCAUUACUGGGGGGAAAGGGCACAAUCCACAUGGCACUCCUUCUGUAUGCCUAUGCAUUUCCGUGAACUUCCACAGCAGAACCUCCCAGUGAAUUGGGCCCUGCAUUAAACUGCAAACCUGUAUACUUCAGAGGGGAUAUGGUUUAGAAAAUACGAGUCUGCCUGCCAUUAAUGCUACAGUUUCCCAGAGGCAUAAAGUUGACAUUUUGUGGUUUUUAAGAAUUUUAAGAUAAAAAUCUCAUAUCUUAAUCAUAAUGUUUUCAGCAGUCUGGGAUUGAUGAUCUAAGAGCUGGCUGGAUAGCUACAUUCAUGUUGCCAGAUGUCCCUCAUAUUAGAUUAAUGCCUCUUAUUCUUGAAUACAGUGGUACCUUGGUUUUCGAACGUCUCCGUUGACGAACAUUUCGGUUUUCGAACGCCGUAAACCCGGAAGUAAAUGCUUUGGUUUCUGAACAUGCUUUGGAAGUCGAACCAGAAAUGCGGCUUCUGUAUUGAGUUUUCCGUAUUACGUUUUCCAUUUUGAGGCUUCCAUACUGAGAUUUCUGUUUUUGAACGUUUCAGAACGCAAGCGGUCUUCCAGAACGGAUUACAUUUGAAAACCAAGGUACCACUGUAUUAUAAUCCCCUGGAACAAAAUGGAAGUGCCUUAACAUUUGUCCAGAAAGUAGCGAUAGAAUCUCUUGUCACCAUUCACCAUUCAUCUAGUGCUCUUGGUUUACUGCUGUAUCUUACAAACUGGAAUGGAGGAAAGUGUCCUGUGGAAAGGGGGUGCAUUUCCCCUUGGAAUCUCCCAUCUCCAAUAGAAACCCUGUAGUACUGUUGUUGUUGUUUAGUCAUUUAGUCGUGUCCGACUCUUCUUGACCCCAUGGACCAGAGCAUGCCAGGCACUCCUGUCUUCCCUGUAGUACUACCUUCUAAGCUACUUAAACCUUUGUGGGUCAGGCAGUUCCCAGCUUGGAGAUGCUUUGAUAAGGCGGUGAAAGCACAUAUUUGAAUGGCUGAGGCUCAUGAAGCUAAUGUCAGAGCCAUGUCAGAGCAGGCCAAAGGCCCAUCUUGUCCAGCACUCUGUUCUCGCAGUGGCCAACCAGAUGGCCGUGGGAAGCUCACAAGCAGAAUCUGAGCACAUCACCACUCUUCCCACUUGUGGUUCCUAGCAACACAGGUACUCAGAGGCUGUAUAGAAUCACAAAAUUGUAGAGUUGGAAGGAAGCACGUGGGUCAUGUAGUCUAACCUCCUGCAAUGCAGGAAUUUUUUUUGCCCAACAUAGGGCUCAAACCCACAACCCUGAGAUUAAGAGUCUUGUGCUGUACCAACUGAACAUAUUGCCUCCAGCACUGGUUAGUAGCCACUGAUAGCUUUCUCUUCCACAAAUUUGUCUAGAGGCAAAGGAACGUCUCUCUGUAAAAUGUGGCAAAUGUAUUUAAUGGGUCCUGCAUCCUGUUCCCACAGUGGCAUCCAGAUAUCUUUGGGAAACCCAGAACCGAGCAGGGCAUGAGCCCAAAGCCCUCUCCUGAUGUUCUUCUCCAGCACACUGCCUCCGAUACUAGUCUAGUACACAGCCAUUGUGGCUAGCAUCCAUGAACAGCUUCAGCCACCAAUGAAUUUGUCAAAGAUUCAUGGAGGAGUUCUCAAGUCCAUAAGUUAUUUUGUCCUAUAAGACAGACGCUCAGUCCUGCUUGGAAACCACACCCAAUAAGUAAGAAGGCCCUGCUGUCCAAUCCCAGUUAUGGUCUUGGUUUGUUAUGGAGCAGGCGAAAGGAGAGGCAGAAAGACCCUUUCCACAUGCUUACGAGUUUUUCUGUUCCAUUAUUUCCCAUGUUCUAGGGGCUGAGCCUGAUGCUGAAAAAUGGGCUCUGGAGCCCUGCCGUAGUCAGCUCUGGGCUCAGAUUAAGCCCAUCUCAGAACCCUCCCUGGGUGCCGUUUUUGAUACUGACUGAAAAUAGAAUGUGGAAACAUUUCCCUGCUGGGUGGUUGUACCGCCUGAGGGAACUGUUGUCUUUAGAAAUCCCUGAAAAAUUGGAGCUGAAUAGAGGGAGAAAAUGUCUUUUUAAAAUAAUAAUAAAAAAGCCUUUGAGUUCUGAGGCUCUCCUUCCCCCCACGUGGCUGCACCCACCAGUACAUUCAACUCAUGAAAAACAGAUGGUGGAUGGCGCAGCCACAGCUACGCAGCCCUUGCCAAGGAACGUGCCGUGCACAUUCCUCCUCCGCCAAUAUUAGGCUGUUGCCCCAUCGGCGCCCAUGGAACUAGGGGGUGGAGGUGGGGAGGGAAAGCAGCAGAGGGACAUUAGCUUGGUUAGCAUGCAGCUAAGGGCGGCCUUCUCUUGUGGCACAAAUCUUGUCUGAACGUGGCCAUUUACCCCUUGUUUGCUAUAUUUCAGAGUGUGUGAUGCUCCUGUGAUACUUCUAGCCAAUUUUUUUUUAGAGAGGCCAGUAAGAAUCAGAUUGCAGGAGAUGGUGCAUUUACAGACAACUUGUACAAACAGUUGUGACUUGUCGAGCUCAGCACCCGCUUUACACACACUAGUCACAUAUUGUGCCCAAAUAUGUAGCAACUUGUUCUUUUUUAUAUAAUGCUAGGCCUGGUCAAGGUUAGUGCUGGCAUUAGACAGGGUAAGCCUAAGGUGGGGAGCUAUUUAAUGGUGAAAAAGCAGCUAAUGUUGUUGAUGAUUUAGUGUACAGUGGUAUCUCGGGUUACAUACGCUUCAGGUUACAUACGCUUCAGAUUACAGACUCCGCUAACCCAGAAAUAGUGCUUCAUUUUUUUCAUUUUUUUUAAAUAAAGGUUUUUAUUGAUACAACAAGAAAAAAGGGGAAAAAACACAAAUACCAAAUUACACACAAGAAUAACCAUAGACACAUAAUUUUCUUAGCAAACAAUAAAACAUCUAUUGGUCUUAACACUAAAGACCCAACCUCCCGUCUAUUCCAUAUUUCAAAUUCAUAUUACUUAUUGCCAAUACACACUUUUAUCAUAAUUAAACUUAUUUUUAAUAAAUCUAAUUUCUUAUAUCUACCUUGCAACUAUUACUGAAGUUCCUCGAAUGCUGCAACAGAAUUUAAACUACUAUAUUUAUUUUUCCGAUAUUCUUUGAAAACCUGCCAUUUUGAAAAAAAUUCCUGUUUUGAUUUAUUCUUUAUUUUUUCUGAUAAACCAUCUAAAUCGGCAUAUUCUGUCAGCUUUUGAAUCCAAUCUUGUAUAGAGAAAUAGUGCUUCAGGUUAAGAACUUUGCUUCAGGAUGAGAACAGAAAUCGUGCUCUGGUGGCGCGGCGACAGCAGGAGGCCCCAUUAGCUAAAGUGGUGCUUCAGGUUAAGAAUAGUUUCAGGUUAAGAACGGACCUUCGGAAUGAAUUAAGUACUUAACCUGAGGUACCACUGUAUUAUUUAUUUUUAUCACAGUGCAGAGUGCCAUUUGGACUUUCUGCCUCAGGCACCAAAAUAUCUUGGGCUGAUGCUGCUUAGUGAGCUUCUGGAGGACUGCCUUUGGCUUGAUGAGCUCCUGAAGUUCUGCAAGCCUGCAAGUUGCCGCAAGGUCACUGGGUGUCUCAAGGUGCUAGCUGUAAACAAAGCUCUCUUAUAGUUGUGGACUGGACUCGCACAGGAAUCUUAGGGAUAGUGUCCUCCACUGCACCUGAGAGCAGCAGACACACCUCUGGCCUCUGACGAAAGAGUACUCUCAGGUGGCUGACACCAAUGCCUGGAGCAUCUUCUACCUGAGAUGGUCAGCUCUGUCUGCCUAAUGGUAGGGCUGGUCUUCCCACAUCCUGUGGUCCCACACUGCCUAAUCCACCCCGGUAAUUAAAAACAAAUAAAGAAAAAGCAUAGGCAUAUCUGUGCAGUGCAACUUUUGACCUGGUUUUUAUGUAAUGCUGAGCUGAAUUAUGGUGUACAAUGAGUGCAAUAAAAUAAAAAAAUUCCUUCCAGUUGCAUCUUAGAGACCAAUAAGUUUGUUAUUGCUAUGAGCUUUCGUGUGCAUGCACACUUACUGGAAGGAAUUUUUUUUAUUUUGUUUCGACUACGGCAGACCAACACCUACCUGUAACUAUGAGUGCAAUAGUGUGCAGAUGCUCAGAGAGAAGAUGGCAGCUAAUUUACUCUUCCUCCAGUCUUUCUGUUGCAGUGCUGCUGUGACCUAAGCCAUGGUUUGGCUUGCUGUAGUUUUCAAUCCCCAGCUCAGUGUUUGUCCCACAAGCUGUAACUGUUUGUUUGUUUGUUUGUUUGUUUGUUUGCUUGUUUGCUUGCUUGCUUGCCUACCCAUCUGACUGGGUUACCCCAGCCACUCUAGGCGGUCUCCAACAAAUUAAAACACAAUAGGACACCAAACAUUAAAAACUUCCCUGGAUGAAGGUUUGUUCUAUGGCUUACUGCUCACGGUUUGUCUUGAAGAGACAAACCACGAGCCCCAAUUCAGAAAACACACUAAAUCAUGGCUUCACUCAUAGCAGCAAGAGUACCAGAGGGAGGAGCAACACGGCAGCGAUCUCACUGGGAGGCUACACAGUUUAAACUAAGCCAUGGGUUGGCUGGGUGUUAUGUGCAAACUGGGCCCGUGUAUAACGUGUAGUUUGACCCUUUGUUUGGGGGCUUUGUUUUCUAUUGUGCUUUUACUAUUUUUUGUUGGGAGCUGCCCAACGUCACCGGGGCAACCCAGUCAGAUGGGAAGAAUUGUUUGUUUGUUUGUUUGUACCUCCUCCAAAAUACUGCAUGUGCUACACUCCAACAUGAGCUGUGAAUUAAGUUUAGCUGUGAUAGAUCCAAUUUUGAGAAAGAAGUAGUUAAACCUAGUGCUCUAGUUGAGAGCACAGAGAGUGGCUACACAUACUCUUUCCAGAUGUCAUUUUAGACUGCCGGCAUGCUUGGGUCUUGUGUUAGCUAGUCUUUUUGAUAUUUUCUUAAAGAGCCUGGAACUAGAAAUCGUGUGCUUGUAAUAAACAAGCAGGAUGAGGCUGGGCGGAGGUCUAGAGUCCCAUCCCUACUCAGGUGGCUCGUCUGUUUCUGGGCUGACCUGCUACAGAUUGCAGAUGGGGAGUCUUGGGUGACCGAAUGUUCCUGCAGACAAAAUAAUUCUCUCUACAUAGAUUUUUUUUUUAAAAAAAACACACUAUCUCCACAUAGAAAUUUAGAGUGUUGGAGUGGUGUUGAUGAUGGAGACUAGCUUUCUGUGUGGUGGGAAUUUUUUAUGUGGCGGAGUAUUCAGUCUGAAGCACUUUAGCCCAGAUGCAGGUUUGCCACCUGAGUGGGAAGUUGGCCUAAGACUUUGGGAGAAUGAGGUAGCAGGCUGCAGAGAAGGCAUUGUUUGCUGCACUUUGCAGGUGCUAAUUGGUUAUUUUUAAGCCUAGCAAUUGGUCCUAGCAAUGUCAUAGACAUAUGUACUGCUGGCCAGUUGCCAUAGCGACAUCCCUCACACUGUCAUGUCAGUUUCCAAGGUGGGGUCAGGUGCCUGUGGCUUGACACAUCUUGGGUUCCUGAUGCAGGCAGUUAUUUCAGGAGGAGGUGUCAUCCCGCUGCAUUGCAUUAUUGCCUCCUGCUGGGCGCUUGCUAGGCUGUUCCUGCAGAGUUCCUCUGGGGGAGCAUGGCUGCCCUUUCCUCACCCAUGCCUGCUGCCUGCUUCGCUUACGCGGACAUCUUUCUGCACUUGCCCACCUGCAUGCAUCCAUGCCCAUCUUUCUAGGCACGUGGGGCCACUUCACAAGACCAUACAGAAAAUAGGCUAAAGGCAAACUUCUACUGUUGAAGUUAAGCAGAUCUGGCCCUCUUAAGUUAGUUAGAUGGGACACUGACUUGGACCCACAUCUGAGCCACUACUACAUAUGAUAAGAGGGUUAGUUUGCAUCUUCCUGUUGAUCAUUUCAUGACUGCAACAUCAAGUUGUUGAUUUGUAUGUGCAAACAGGCAAUCUCAGACCCAUCAGAACAUUACUGGCAACAUUCAUGGAAGUUCAUUCACAAAUUCGGUACGGUUAAGUGAGAGAGUCUCUGAGUAGGACCAGGGAGACCCGGGUUCAGAUCUUUCCUUGGCCACGCAGCCCACUGGGUGAUCUCCUCUCUCAGCCUGACCUAUCUCAACAAGGUUGUUGUGAGGCUAAGAUGGAAAGAAGAGAAGUGUAUACAGAAGUAUAUGCACUCCUGGUGGCAGGAUGGGAUCAAAGUGUAAUAAAUGGAUUAAGCUGCCAGUCAUCAGUGCCUGGGUUGUGUGUGUGCGCGUGCGCAACACUCAUUUUUCUUAAAUCUGAUGACUGGUAGCUGAAUGUGGGAACUGAUUCUGUAUAAAAGCCUUGCAUUGUGAGAUGAUGUUGUGAAAUGAAAGUUUCAUCUGUGGAUAGUGUAUCUGUGACGGUCCCAUUCACAAGUAGCUCGUUGAUGGGGCAACUGCCAAAUAAUUACUAAAUUGUACCCCAAGCAUAUAAUAAUGAAGUGUAGAGAAAAGCCAAGUGGGGCACAUGCAUAUGUGAAGUAGGUAUAACCUCUUUGGAGGAAGAGCAAAGUGUCUGCAUGAUGUUAAACAGUAAGUAGGUAUCUUUGAGAUGUGAGCUGCUUGAAUCUGCUGUCAUAGAUCUGUAUGCCUGUAUUGUGUUUCUCCAGCUUACACCACCAUUUUCUAAUACAACUGCUUUCCUCUCACCAAAUUUUUAAGGCCAUUUGCUAUGUUUAUCACAGCUUUCAAGUGAACAUAACCCUGCAAUUUCCAGCUUUUCAUUCUAAAUGUUGAGAUUGGGCAUUACCAUUUUCUAACAGCGCCUGAGUGACACUAAUAUAUGCUUUUGACCACUUCCAAACUGUGUUGACGUUGUUCCAACUGAGUUUGCAAAGGAGAUGGAUGCAGAGCUGACCUCGUAGCCUGAUCAGGCAUCAUGUGUAUAAGAACCCAAAAGGUCAUGCCCCGUAACAGUGCAGGUGUGGAGCUUAGCAAAGUUUAGCGAUGUUCAGUUACAACAAGGGGAGUGCAAGGUGAUGUCUUCUUAAUAAAGUGUUAAUGGCUCUGAAGGAGGUAAGCUCUAGCUGCUGAAGGAGCCAUGUGGGGUUUUGCCCUGUGAAUAGUGGUGAAUUGAGAGAAGCAGAAACCACCCACCUACUUCCCAUGUGCAUUCCAAUAGGUCUCUGUUCUACAAAGUGGAGAAAUUCAUUUUAGCAGGGUGGAGGGUGGGAACCAUCAAAAGUGAUGUAAUUCUGUUCACUUCUGUACUCACUUUGAAUGCUCACACUGAUAGGGCAGAGGCUGUAAGCUCCAGCAGCUAUUUGAAAACGCAGAGCAGGUCUCACAGGCCAGGGCUAUGAUCUGGAGAGGCACACAGUACAGCAAUCUUGGGGGGGGGGUGUAGUGGAUUGUUUGCUUGAUUUUGUUCUAGUUUUUAUCAUGUAUUUGUGCUUUUAUAUUGUAUUUAUUUGUUGUGAACUGCUCCGAGAUCUGUGGAUGAAGGGCAGUAUGCAUAUUUAAUAAAUAAUAAUUUGCUGGAGCUAAGGGGGUCUGGGUCUGAUCAGUGCCUUGAUUUAGAAAUACCAGGGGCUUGAAUCUGGGAGUUUCUGCCUGCAAAUAAUGUCAUCACUGAGCUCUGGCCUGCUCCUUCUAACACCUUGGAUUUCAGGUGGAGCAGUUCAGGUCAAUGGGGCCCUCCAAGCCUCUCUAAUGCAGCCCUCAGGACUCCCCCCAGGCCACACUUGCCCCAUGUCCUCCUAUGGACCCUCUUCAGUUGCUUUUGCAUGUCCAGAAUUGUCAGGAUGCUGUCAGCGGCUCCCAGCUGGUUGCCCAGGAAAGUAUAAGAUAAGAAAAAGUUUCUUACAUUCCUUUUUUAUUUCAGUCUUUACAGAGAGAGGCUAUAGAACCCAGCUCUUGGUUAAUGGCAUUGUCCCUAGUGAAUGAGGUGUCCUCAUUCAUCAUGCUCAUCAUCUCCUCUACGGGUGCUGCUACCUGCCCUCUGUCUUUGAGCUCUUUGCUCUCCUACUUUUAAGGCUCAGCGGGUUCUGAGAGAUGGAGGGUCUGGAAUGUUUUCAAUGAUAUGUCAGCCAGGUGUUGCUCUGGCUCUCCCAUGGUUUCCCAGCUUUCCCCCUCAUCUGCCUCUGAGCUGUGACCUCCCUCAAACCCCUGUCUAUCUUGUCUUCCUCCUCCUCCAUGGAAGGGUCAGGAUGGGGAGGUCACCUCCACCAUUCCUCCUCCGCCCAGUCCCUGACAGAAUGUGCCAUUGAACUGUAAUGACAACCAGGCUUGCCUGGUUGGAGUGAGAUGGGUAUGGAGAGUGUAGCUUACUGUGCAAGGUUAAGAGUUGCAUCCAUUCCUCUACCCAGGUUUUGCCUCUUGCACGUGGCCCUUGAGGGCUGCAAAGUGUUCCGUUCCCCUGCCUUGUGCAUGCAUUUGAGUGACCUUUUCUUAAAUUGGGAGGAAGGGUUUCCAGACCAAAGGGUGUGCCUUCCUCCGGGAAGCCUCGAGACCAGCCUCUUUCCCCUUUAGGAAGCAAGCACGGCCUCUGCGCCUCCAGAUUUGUGUGUGCUUUGAGAACGUCACAAAAUCAGUCCAUGUACUCACUGGUUGUGCCUGUCCUCUCCCUGCAGAUCCUUACUCCAUCGCAGGCAGCGAUGGCAGCAUCUCUGCCUCCGUGGCUUCCAUCCAGCCGCAGGCAUCCAGCAGCUCAGCUCCCAGCUCCCCUGCCUCCCGCCACUCGGUCAGCACCCUCAAGAAAUGGCUGACCAACCCCGUGCGCAAGCUAAGUGCUGGCGGGCUACCUCGGGGCGAACGCCCACUCAGGAAACAAGAGGGCCGGGCUCGGCGGCACGGGCGCCAGGAAGAUCGCAAGAGCAUCGACUUGGGCCUUCUGGGGCAAGCAGAGGGGCCCUUUGCUGUCCCGCUGCAGGAGUCGGUAGGCACGGUGAGAGCAGAGAAAUGCCUGUCUUGCCAUGAGCUAGAAGCUGUCUUGUUUUCCCUUCUGGACUAGCUAGCCACAAGCCCCCUGCAGAUGAGUUUAGGCAACUGAGACAGAAACAUGCCAGAAGCAGGGGGGCUAACAUCCUACGCAGGUAUGCCCAAAGAGCAGUGUCCAUCAGCUUCCACCAAACUAGCCAUGCUGUCUGAUGGGAGUGGCAGGCAAAAACAUCUGGAGGGUGUGCUAGGUUGGCAGAGGCUGUUGCAAAGCAAACAGAGCACCUCUCUGUGGUGCAGUGGGUCAGUGUCUCUGGCCAUUAACCAGAAGGUUUGUGGUUCAAGCCCACCCAGGGCUGUGGGCAGGUUUCCUGCAUUGCAGGGCGCUGGGCCAGAGGACCUUUGUGUUGGGAUACUGCCAGGGAGAUAAAGUCCAUCAAGGCCCCCAAGCCGUCUGCCGGACGAUCCAUCUACCUCCCGUAGGCACUCAGCGACAUGAGUUUCUAGAAAAUAUCUUGUACACAUUCAGACUCAUGCACGCUCUAUCAAGUUAGCACAGCCAAAGAGUUGCACCCAGGAGCAUUAUUACAGGUUUAUUCAGCGUUGAUCAGAACUGAAAAACAUGACUGACUGCUUUAGUGUCUGCGACAACAGAGAGAAAACGAAAGCAGCAGAAAACAUAAACAUCCUGUGAACAGGAAAUACGCAGACUCUGACUCACAAAGCCUGCUCCCUUUUAAGGUGGAACGGAAAUAUCCUAACACUUUGUGCUGCCUUCCAGCUCUACAAUUCUGUGAUAUCAGUUGGACAAGUAAGCCAAGCCAUGUGAUGUAAGAGAAGACCACCAACAACCCCCCUCCAUAAUCUGCCCAAGGGAGCAGGGGGGAGGAAAAUUGCAAAGCCAAAUGUCGUCAUUGGUGAAAUCCUGAACACGAGCAGAACUCAUUGACGACACCCAUCACUGAAUUGUCCCAAGGAAUAUGUAAAAUGACAGAUCUCUGUGCCAUCCAGCAUUCUUGCUUCAUUGCGGCUUUUCUUUAUGUCCGCAAGAGGUUUGGAAAAAUAAACCUCUAAUAUAUUGUGUAUGUGUGAGUGAAGGAGAAGGUGUGGGUUUCUCCUUUCUCAUCCUAGCAGGUAACUACUGAAGCACCAGAGCUAAAGUACUUUCCCCUGCAUGAAUCUCCCCUGGUUACUAAUUCUCCUCUGCAAUUUCAAUCCGUACCGGUUCUCUUCACCCCUCUCCUGCAGAGAGGUCGCUGAAUUUCAUUUUAAUAUGGAACCAGGCUGGGGAAUGUGGAGGUCUGUCCUGUGAAGCUUGGUUGGCACUGUGUACCUGGCAGCAGCACUUAGCUCUGGCACUGCAAAUCAGGGGUUGUCAACUUGGUGCCCCCCAGGUAAUGGGAGUUGUACCGCACAACAUCUGGAUGGCACCACGUUGACUAGCCCUGCUGUAGACGGAGUUGUAGGGGGAACAGGAGGGGGAGCCAAAGGUCCAUAGUGCCGAUAAGACCCUUUGCUGUUUGUGGGCUGAAAAAACAAUCUCUCUUCCUCUCCCCCAUUUUGUAAGUUGCUCAUCUCUGUGCUGUGAUAGAGUAUAUGGGUGUCCUCUGACAUACUGUAUCUUUUAAGCACACCCUUUCCCCCAAAGAAUUCUGGGCAGUGUAGUUUGCCUCUUGCAGAGUUGCAGUUCCCAGCAACCCUGAGCAACCUACAGUUUUGAGGGAAAGAAUAUAAAGGGUUUGUGUGUGUCGCAGCCACAGCCUGAUUUCUUUCCUGACACCAGAUGGGGGAAAAACAAAAAAUGUUUCUGGGCCCAUCUGAAAGUGCUUUCUAGUGAUAUCCUCAUCCAAAACAAUAAAUUAAUCCAAAGGAUUGCCUUUUCUAAUACGAGCCUACCAGUUUAAGGAGAUCUUAAACGGAAGCCAACAGUCCCUGAAAUAUCUGGUUGGAAGCAAGCUGAGGGCCUUUCUGGUAGCUGCACCCAAGCUUUGGAAAUUCCUAAGGGAAGCCUGCCUGAACACCUUAUUUUGUCUCCCCCUCCCAGUAUAAAUUCCAUUUUUAACCCUUUUGUUAAGGGUUUGGGUUAUGGGUUUUAAUUUUGUUGGAAGCUGGUUGUUUUUAUCAGGUUCCUUUGGGUGACAUUUAGAAAUCUCUGCUUCUGUUGGGGUUUUCUUUGGGGGGGGGGGGUAGAUUUUUAAGGUGUUGGUUUUUUAUUUCAUUGUUUUACCUGAUAGUUAUUGGACUCUUUUUGAGCAAAGUGAGGAUAUAAAUCAGAACACCCAUAUGCAAACCCGAAACACCCUAUUUUUUCCGUUUUUGACAAAAAUUGUCUAAGUUUACAUGACUGGUGCCUGUUCCAUUUCCUUGUUCUCACCCCCCAUUGUGCCUUUUUGCUUUAAAACCAAACACCAUUGAGAUACUUAAAAUCCCAAAUAAUGGAAAGAGAAUAGAUGGUGCAUAAUUAAGCAGUUGCACUUGAUUUACAUAAUUCUGAUUGAAGGAUUUAAGUAUCCCAGUGGGAAAUUUUGGAUUUUUAAAGAAUACUGGAGGAGGCAGAAUAAACAGUCCUGAUUACUCUUAAAGGCUAAUAUUGCUUUAUUCUUGCUGCAUUAGGGUCAAACCACCCAAGGGGAGGGUUUAACCCCUCCCAUGCCUCUGCCAGGACAGUUUGCCCCUCUGCAGGGCUUACUUCAAGCUGUUAAACACAGUGGGGGGGUGGGAAAAAAUUAAAAAUGGUCAGGGAGGGGCAUUUACAGGGGUAAAGGUAAAGGGACCCCUGACCAUUAGGUCCAGUCGUGGCCGACUCUGGGGUUGCGGCACUCAUUUCGCUUUAUUGGCCGAGGCAGCCAGCGUACAGCUUCCGGGUCAUGUGGCCAGCAUGACUAAACCGCUUCUGGCGAACCAGAGCAGCGCACAGAAAUGCCGUUUACCUUCCCGCUGGAGCGGUACCUAUUUAGCUACUUGCACUUUGAAGUGUUUUCGAACUGCUGGGUUGGCAGGAGUUGGGACCAAGCAACGGGAGCUCACCCUGUCGCGGGGAUUUGAACCGCCGACCUUCUGAUCGGCAAGUCCUAGGCUCUGUGGUUUAACCCACAGCGCCACCCACGUCUGGCACAAAAGAAAGUGCCACACUCCCGUUUGCCCCUUGCCUAGAGCAGGUCCAAGGGGUUUUCCGCUUGACCCACACUUUCUAGGAACAGGUCUGAGUGACUCUCCGCCCCCCCCGCCCCCCAAACAGCAGGACCUGAGGAAGCAUGGAUGAGCCCCUGGUCCCAGUAUUGGUUCCUGCACAACUGAGCAAGAGAGAAGAAUGGGGAGAAAAUGAGAAUUACGUAGUUGGCUCUGCCUGUCAUUGGCUCUGGCACCUCCAACUGUUGGCUUCCAUGCCUUCUGCCCUAACAGUACGAACAGGGAAUUUGUAUGGCAGGUUCUAGCAAUGCAGUUCUCAUAGGAUGACUGAUGAUUUGGACAGGGAUGGGGGGGGGAGAACCCCUGUGGCCCCCAGAAGGCUGAGCCGGGCUGCCACUCUUGUCUAACAUUCUUCCCUUGCAUUACAGGAUAGCACUGCUCAUCUCCCAGACCUUUCCCUGUUCUCCAGCCAGCUAGAAGGGGAUGGCUCAGGAAAACGCACCCAGGUGAGCUUCAGGGUGAUGGAUGGGAGCAAAGUAAGAGGCAACGUUGUCUUGCACCAGGUUGAGGGGGCAACAAUCCCCCCUCUUCUCCAUGGGACCCCAGAGAGGCCUACAGUAGCUAUGUGUCCUACUUUACAGAGAACAGUCCUCUAUUUUGAAGGUGGGGGGGGCAGUCCUAUAUUUGAAAAUGUUCUCUUUCUGAGGGCUUCCCAGUCCAUGUCUAAUUUAAGGGCAAAAGACCAUAAAAGGGGCGAAAGUAGAGGCCUUGAAGUUGCUCAUCAAAUGUUAUCAGCUCCUGGUCAGCAGACUUCAGCAGACACAACCAACGAUUUUGCUCUUGCCCCACUUCUUUCCCAGGCAAAUGCCAGACCAGAAAAAUCCCAAAUUGCUGUUUGCUGUGGUUGAAUGCUAAAGAGUGGUUUUGGGGGGUGGGGGUGGGGAGAGCAGCAAACAAGAGGAAGUAUGGAGAGGGGCACACAAGUCACUUUAUGUCUUCCCCGCCGUGGUGAGAUGGACUGUAUUUCCGCAAACAAUUUCAUGCAGAUUGGUGUCCCUUUUUUGUGACGCAAAUCAUUUGGGGGGCUGGGUUGUGUCUGUGCAAUGCAUAGCUGGCCAUCCUAGAACAUGCCCGUCAAAGCACCAGAUUGUUUUAAUGCCAGCAAAAAUAGCAAGAUGGAAAAUGCUUCAGGUUCCAACAGAAACUGAUUAGAAAUAAAACAACUGUGGAAUGUGGUGCAGUUAAUGAAAAUGACUUUUUUGAGUAUGACUCGGAAAAGAGGAUGAUAUCAAGUAAAUAUGAAAACAAAUGGCAUGUGUUUAUAAAUUUUUGGAAUUGAUUUUAGGAUUAUGAAGACACAUUGCUUGGUUCCUUCAUGGUUCUGUAAAUGAAUUUGAAUGGUUUGUUUCUUUCCAAUGUAGAGGCAGUAUAUAGGGCUACAUAGCUGUCAUAGAUAGAUAGAUAGAUAGAUAGAUAGAUAGAUAGAUAGAUAUAGGCAUUUUGAAUUAAAAAAAAACCAAUGAGAAUAUGUUUAGGUGAAUGUCAUUUGAUUUGCGGUUUAUUUGAAAUGUUUUCCUCCAAAAUUAGUUUUCAGCUCUAUUUCAGCACUUAAUCAGUCACUCAUUUCCAAAAGCAGGGUAUCUGCUCCAAAUGGAGAAGUGUUCCGGGAUCUAUGAUGGACAUUCUUUCCUUCCCCUGGUCUUUCAGAGCCUGAUGUGUUGUGAGUGAGCUUAGGGGAAAUAGAAGAUCCUGCUACACCUUCUUGGCCCACACAAUAUAUUUUGUGUCUCAUCAUGGGUCCCCAGUGCCCCUUUCCCCAGUUAAUCCACCCAAUGUGAUAUGUUGUAAGAUGUUAUGGGCUCUUGUCUCUCCCCCCCUUUCUCUCACGGCAGGGCCCUGACUCUUCUCUGCUCCUUGGUGACCCUCCAAACCCCGAGCCCACUUCACAACCUCCUAUGCCACCCCCAGCCUCUGAGGAACAGGAAGAGGAGGAGAGGCUCAGUGCCUUAGAAAAGAGUAUGUAAGUGAUUUCUCUUGUGCACCGACUUCCAGGCAGCAGUGGGAAGGGCAGGGGGAGGAGCAGCCUCUGCUGGGGAGAGCAGAUGCACAGACCUGGUGGGUACCAAAACCCACCCACAAACGCAGGCACUAUUUCACAAGUUUAGCAGAUUCAGGGCCUUGGUGCCAAGUAUGUUGAACACAUGCCCCAUAAAAGGUAGGCAGCUGUGUGCCUCAUUUUCCCACUGCACACAUUCUCUCUUUGUGGAGUGGCCCCUGGCUGUCUGCAUAUUCAUGCCUAAAAAUGUAUUGAGAAUGAAGGGUGAACCAUGGCUGCGUAAUGUUGUCCUGGUGGUAUGCCUGCUGCCUCUGUAACAUGUUGAGCAGCUUGCUGGCAGGGGCCUUCCUGUGGGUCAUGCAUGGGCCUGUGUUGAGGAGGCUGGCAGCGUGCCUGUGGCAUUGGAAAGGGAGAUUGGAGGGGGAAAUGGAGGGGAAGGGGGUCACACAGUGAGGUUCCUUCCCCUUAGACAUUGCUACUUCCUCUCCUCUGCAGGUUUGUUCUCAGGGAGUUGAUUGAGACUGAGAAGAUGUACGUGGAGGACCUGGGCCAGAUUGUGGAGGUGCCAACAUCCACUCCAUUUUAGGCACUGAUUCCCCUCUGUCCACCAACGGGGCCGUCUCCAGAUUUUUGUGGGACCUUGGGCAAGAACCUGCUUGUCUUCCAGUGAGAGAGCACACUGCUUGCUGCUCACCUCUGUGUUUCUUGAUCCGACCUCCCUGUUGUUGUCCUAGGAACCUAGGAAGGAAAGGUGGAUAAAGAAUCAGGCUCAGUCCCAAGAGCCCACAGUGGGCUUCCCAUGGACCCAAGGCCCCUAGGCUGCUGGCUCUUGCCACAUCCCACCAGUCUGUUCCAUAUGCUGGUAUUUUAGUAGUUUUAUGCCCCACCCUUUCAGAAAGAAAUAAGAGUGUUUCCACCCCUGCCCACACAGUGUUCCUUCUGGUAUCCAAAACCACUGCCUUCUGUGAGCAGAAAUCUCCCUGCUUUUCACACACUGCUGCCCGAAUGACUUUUGCCUGGCAGCAACAUUGACCACAGACAAUGUUAAGCAGGGUUUAAUCUGAAAAAAGUACCAGUAUUUGGACCCCAGUAAGGAUCUCAGGCUUCUUGUUCUUCCUUUUUUGUUUUAAAAACAAGGGAAGAUCAGUGUGGCAUUUAACUAAGUUUUCUUCAGUGUAUACUAAGGGGACCUAACUAAGGGCUCAUCCACACUCAAGUUUGUCCCAUGAUUUCUAGUCACAAAUUGUAGAAAUUAUUUCCAUAACUUGAUUUUACAUGGAUAAAUAGCCUCCCUUAUUUGAGCUGAACUUGCUGUCGAUCAAUAACAAUGAUGAAAGAUAAAAUAUUUUUAUUGAAAGAUGUUCCAGUAGCACCUUAAAGACCAACUAAGUAUAAGCUUUCUAGGUAUGAGCUUUCGUGUGUAUACACACUUCUUCAGAUACUCUGAAGCAGAUGUCUCUUCAACCUUAUAACUGUUGAUGACUGUUAAUGACGGCAGUUGGUUCCACAGUGAAGGGCAAGGGAUUUUUAAAGGGAUAGAUGACCAAAAUUAGCUUUAGCGUGUAUAAUGGGACAUGAAUCCCAUAUCUCUACUCAGACCAGGUCUUUCCAUAGUUUUUAGUUUGGUAAUGAGUUGUAAUUCAGCAACUUCUCUUUCAAGUGUAUGUCUAAAAUUCUUUUGCAAUAAGACAGCUACUUUGAGAUCUUGUCUAGAAUGGCCUGGGAGAUUGAAGUGUUAUCCUAUUGGUUUCUCUGUUUUAUGAUUCCUGGUGUCAGAAAAAAUGGAAAAACAAAAAAGUUCUAAUCUUUACAAUCUGACACCAGGAAUAAUAAAACAGAGAAGUUUGACUCAUUAUGUGUAGCUAAACACACAAGAGGAAGCUAUCAGCAGGUUGGAAGAACUGCAGGGUUUGCAAGAAGUUCAAAAAAUAUUCAGGGAGAAGAAACUUAGAGAGGGGGUUGUCAAAAAAAAAAAAAGAUGAAUGAGGACUGGACAUGCUCUUUGGGCAUUGAAUAUUGACUGGCUGACAGUUGGGGUAAGACGGCAAACUGAUGGGGAAACGGGAAUGGAAUAUCCCUAGAAGUGGCCUGGCCGGCGGGCACCCUAAACAUCCCAUUGCACAUCCCACUUGUGAAUUCAAAUACUGAACUAGCUCUUUCAUUGCUUCGGCUAACUAAACUAGUCAGCUUUCUGUUCUGACUUCAAGAUCUCUUUCCUAGGUGGCUUCAAUCAAUUUAGACCUCAUUUCUGUAUGGGUUUUAGGUUCUUCAUAAUUUUUCAGCUCCUUAAAUUGCAUUUUCGUUUGUUGCCGAGUUUCUUUCAGAACUUUCAAAAAUUGCUUUGGAGUUCACUAUCCUUAACAAUUUUCCACCUAGGCCGCUUAACUCUUUACCCCCCAGUGCCACAGAAGUUUAAAACAAGACAUCAGCUCUGGUUCUUAUACGGAUCUUUUGGACACUCCUCUGUUUCCAUCACUCUAUUGUGACAACUGUUCCUACAUCUAUUCCUGGUGAUUGCCUUUUAAUCAGUUACCAACCCAUAGAAGGGUCCAUCCAUCUUGACUGCUAAAUAUCCUUAAAAACCUUUGAUAAAAGUAUUUGCCCAAUCUCUUUCUGAAAAGCCAAAGAUACAAAUCUCCACUGGCCUACCUGUAUAUACAGAGAAUGAGAGAGAUGUUUGCUGAUGAUUUCAUAGAAUUCCAAAAGAUUGGUGAGGCAAAACUUACCCUUGCAAAAGCCCCGUUUAUACUUCAUUUCCUAAAUUUUUAUUUACUCAUUCGUUUUAAAAACUGGAUGAGGAGAGAAGCAGGGAAACCUCUCCAAGAAAGAGUGUGAGACUCCUUAAUGUGCUUUUGGGGUGGGAUGGGAGGGGGGAGGUUGUCCUCAGUCCAGGCUUAUGAUCAGUUGGGGGUCUGGGGUCCAAGGGCAGGAGCCUAGUGUUCUGGAGGAGGCUGUGAAUGCUCUGAGGAUUAAAGGACUUCCUUAGCAAGCAUUGGUCUUAUGUUCACAGUGUUGUGUGAACCGGGGUCCUCUAAUGCAACAGAACCCCCUCUUCUCUUCCCACAUCCCUCCAAAAUCUGCUUCGGAAGGCCCUCCCACCCUCUGGAGCAGAUUUUGAAGGGGCUGCAGGGAAAAGGAGGGGGAAGUUGCAUUGUCCAAGUGGAAGUCUUGUUAUGCAAGCAGAAAGUAGCAUUGGAGACACCCUCUGUAUUUAACUGUUCUAGCCUUAGUCGAAUCCCUGCGACGGGGUGAGCUCCCAUUGUUCGGUCCCAGCUCCUGCCCACCUAGCAGUUCAAAAGCACGUCAAAGUGCAAGUAGAUAAAUAGGUACCGCUCCGGCGGGAAGGUAAACGGCGUUUCCGUGCGCUGCUCUGGUUCGCCAGAAGUGGCUUAGUCCUGCUGGCCACAUGACCCGGAAGCUGUACACCGGCUCCCUCGGCCAAUAAAGCGAAAUGAGCGCCGCAACCCCAGAGUCGGCCACGACUGGACUUAACGGUCAGGGGUACCUUUAGCCUUAAUAACGCUUUCCAGCAGUGUACCUGGGACAGGGCUGCCAUUUCCUGCAUCUUCCCUUCCUCCCUAGUUCCUUUUUAAAAAACUAGAAAGAUAUUGACAGCCUUCCAAGUCCUCUCUGUAAGGAGGCUAAUAUAAUAGUUCAGCAGUUCUUCAUCUGUUCUUUAAGAACUAUUGGAUGAAUGCCACCUGGCCGGAAAACCUUGUUCCUUCUUAAUGUUUUCACUUGGUUCUAAGACAGACUGAUUCAGCCUUGAUAACCCUUCCAGCAUGUUUUGAAGACUGAAGCAAACAAUUCCUUCUGUUUCUCUGCAAUUUCUCCGUCUUCCGAAAAGGUCUUGUUUUGCUUCCUUGCCAUAUAAAGGUCCCCCUGCCUCUUUCUGGUUUUCUGCUUCUGACACCUUUAAAGAAAUAAUGUAUUGAUAUCUUCAGCAGUUUGUGCUUGAAGUUCCUUUUUGUCUCUUGCCACAUUGUACAUCUAUGUCUUGGUUUGCUCAUUUGUGCUCCUCCUUCAUCUGGGCAACUGUUCCUCCUUUAAUGAAAAUAGUUUUGCCUUUUAUAGUCUCUUUGGCUCUGCUGUUUGACUGUGUUGGAUUACUGUUGAGCUUGUUUGUGCUUUUUUGCUCAUCCGUGGUACAUAUUUUAUUUGAGCCUUUAUUGUUACAUAUUUAAUAUGACUUGCUAUUUUUCCUUACUGUAUUUUUCCAUUUUGAGCAUGCCUGUUCUCAAAAUCAGGCCACCAGCCAUUUCAACCAUUUCUGCCACCUAGUUAAGGUCCUGGUUCAGCCAUCUCAAAUUAUGCAAAAACUCAAGAUUCCCCACCCCCAGCCUGUAAGCAAAAACAUAGUGGUGCUAAGACGGGGGGGGGGGAGGGGGGAGGAACCAAUGCCAGUCAAUGCAAAAUGGGGAGAAUAACUACUGCACUCUAGUACAUUGAUUUAGAUUAAAAUAAUUUGUUGCAAGCUCAUUCUAAUUCAAUUGCCAAAAUAAAUGCAACCUGCCAACCACAAUGUCCACGAGACAGAAAAAUUAAUGCCCUGUGCUCACCAAUUUGUUCUCAAGUUAGGAAAAUCAGAGUCCAACUCGCCAGCGUAGGAAAUACAUGCAACCACGGUCAACUGGAGCAAAAUUACUGCAUUAACUGAAAAGUGAAGAAAUACUGGCUGCCCAUUGGUCAGUACAAGGAGAUGGGGGAAAGGUAGCAGGACGGCACUGCUUCCCUGGCUUGUCAAUCAUCCCAGCACUUUUUUUCUUUCUAGAGUUGGCCAAAAUACUGGAAGGCAGGAGCAGUUUUGCUUUUUACUCACCACGUUGGUAGAAUUCUGCCUCCACUCUUUCCCCUAUAUCUCCAUAAAUAAAAGGGCUGGAGACUUUUUUAAAAAAAGAGGGGGAAGAUGCUGAAAAUUCAGGGAAGAGCCCUUGGGUAGGGCUCAUCCACACAGGAGCAUAAUAUUGCUAAGGACCUGAGAUACUGGGGUUCAGAACAAAUAAUGCAAAUUGAGCAGCUUUAAAUUGGAUUUCCCUAAUACAUCUUGGGUGCCAAUUUGGGAUUCAAUUGCAUCUAAUGCAGUGGCCCUCUUUUCAGCUCUGCAAGGCAGUGGUUUUUCAAGUGUUCAACUUUUUUGUGGUCAGACACCUGAUGGGGUUGCAGAAGAGUUGGGAGGGUGUGUUCUAGGCUAGGCUCUCUGUGCAGGGUGCUGCUCCAUCACCCUUCCUUGUGGACUGUAUGCACCAAAGGUCUUCUGCAGCUGUUCAGGUCAGGUGGGAAAUCUGGUUAAUGGCAAGCUGUCUGUUGGGGAAGCCUAUCUGCCAUUUCUGUGGUGCUCCUUGAGGAAUCCCUGAUCAGCUUCUGAAGAAUGCCAGGGUUCCCCUGAGCACAGUUGGAAAGCCAUUGCCAAGGGUAAUGUGGCUGCUUCCUCAGCGCUUCACACCAGGGUCCUGUCCAUCUUCUGCGCUCUUCUGGGCACUAACUUAGCCCAGACACAUUCCCCUUCAUGCCACCACCCUAGCUCUGCCUCCCUGGCCUUAAAGAGGAGGCAGGCAGCCUUCUCUACCUGCUCUUCUGACUUCUGCAGGGCUAUAUGGCAACCAUGAGUGCCCGCGGUAUCCCAGAAGACAUGAAGGGCAAGGACAAGAUAAUCUUUGGGAACAUCCACCAGAUCUAUGACUGGCACAAAGAGUAAGUAAGCACCCAUUCCUGGGUGCAGGUCAUGCAUUGGCUGUGGAAACCUCACAAUGGGGCCGGAACGGGAUGUGGCAAGGGACGCCUUUUGCUGACGGCUGGUAGCGACUCCUCUUGGAUUACCUUGCCCAGGUGCUUGUGGCCAGUGUGGAACAGACAAGAUGAGGGGGAGCAGCAGUGGUCCACCAUCAUUGAGAAUUGGUGGAUGAGGAGGGAUGGUUGGGAAGCAAGAUAACUUGUCCUGCAGAUCUCACACUCUUUCUGUUCCCUCUUAUCCCUGAUCCCAGUUAUUUACUCAAGCAGCUGGAGAAGUGUCUGGAGGACCCUGAUCUUCUGGCUGAACUGUUCAUAAAGCACGUGAGUCCCUGGCUUUGCUAAAUAAGAACAGAAGAGCUGCCGAGCUGAGCCACAAUGGGUGGUGGAUAGAUGAACAGGGCUCCGUGAUAUUCUAGGCACAGGAGGUGACAGUGGUAUCAAUCCUCUGUUGUUUAUCCCAUAUGCAUGUUGCCUUUGAACACAGGGGCUUUUCAUUGGGCUAGAAGCACUGUAAGCUGUUGGCAGACUUCUGCCUUUACCUCUAGAAUUGUUUGUGAUACAAACCCAGAUUCGAAAUGAAAUGAUAACUUGAUAACUACAAAAUAAUGAAGGGGAGGUUUGUUGUGAAGGGAAAAGCUGCUUACCUUUUUGUUAAUUUGGUGAUUGCUAAUUGGUCCAAAACAAGUCAACAAAAUUGUGCAGCUUACUAGGCUGUAGCAUAAUAAGGUCAAGGCAGCUUGACUGAAAAAUUCUAUACUUUUUUUCUUGAAUGAGAUAGAGAAGAAGGAUGCACACUGGUUUUUUAAAAAAAGUUUUAAAAAUGACAUCAUCAUCAACAAUCCUGACAUGGAGGAGCAUUAUUGUGUGAGAACAGAUAGCCUUGUACUAUUAUUAUUUGUAAAGUGCUACCUGGUGAAUAAUUUCAAAUUCCAGGAGGUCCCCCUAACCAUUCCCUCCUUGAUUUUAUAUUGUGUUUAUUAGUGCUUUGCCUAGAAAUGAGAUGCUCCCAUUGCCAUCUCCUGCAUUUUCCUAGAUCUUCUGGCUCUAUUUUGUCAUAGAAUCAUAGAAUCAUAGAGUUGGAAGAGACCACAAGGGCCAUUGAGUCCAACCCCCUGCCAAGCAGGAAACACCAUCAGAGCACUCCUGACAUAUGGUUGUCAAGCCUCUGCUUAAAGACCUCCAAAGAAGGAGACUCCACCACACUCCUUGGCAGCAAAUUCCACUGUCGAACAGCUCUUACUGUCAGGAAGUUCUUCCUAAUGUUUAGGUGGAAUCUUCUUUCUUGUAGUUUGGAUCCAUUGCUCCAUGUCCGCUUCUCUGGAGCAGCAGAAAACAACCUUUCUCCCUCCUCUAUGUGACAUCCCUUUAUAUAUUUGAACAUGGCUAUCAUAUCACCCCUUAACCUCCUCUUCUCCAGGCUAAACAUGCCCAGCUCCCUUAGCCGUUCCUCAUAAGGCAUCGUUUCCAGGCCUUUGACCAUUUUGGUUGCCCUCCUCUGGACACGUUCCAGUUUGUCAGUGUCCUUCUUGAACUGUGGUGCCCAGAACUGGACACAGUACUCCAGGUGAGGUCUGACCAGAGCAGAAUACAGUGGCACUAUUACUUCCCUUGAUCUAGAUGCUAUACUCCUAUUGAUGCAGCCCAGAAUUGCAUUGACUUUUUUAGCUGCCGCAUCACACUGUUGGCUCAUGUCAAGUUUGUGGUCAACCAAGACUCCUAGAUCCUUUUCACAUGUACUGCUCUCAAGCCAGGUGUGCCUCUCAUUUUUUUUGCCCAAGUGCAAUACUUUACAUUCCUCCCUGUUAAAAUUCAUCUUGUUUGUUUUUGCCCAGUUCUCUAAUCUGUCAAGGUCGUUUUGAAGUGUGAUCCUGUCCUCUGGGGUGUUAGCCACCCCUCCCAGUUUGGUGUCAUCUGCAAAUUUGAUCAGGAUGCCCUUGAGUCCAUCAUCCAAGUCGUUGAUAAAGAUGUUGAAUAAGACCGGGCCCAAGACAGAACCCUGUGGCACCCCACUAGUCACUCUUCUCCAGGAUGAAGAGGAACCAUUGAUGAGCACCCUUUGGGUUCGGUCAGUCAGCCAGUUACAAAUCCACUGAGUGUCAAACUUGGAUGAAGUGGACUCUAGCCUAUGAAAGUUUAUUAUGCCAUAUUUGUCAGUCUGCUAAGGUGCCCUAAGAGUCUUCAUUGGUUCUGAGGCAACAGAUUUAACAGGGCUGCCUCCGCUGGAAAUUAUUCAUAUGUAAGAAUAAAUAUUGCUGUUGGAAGGUUGCUUAAAAAAAAACAACCUAUUUAAGAGAUGACUUCACACAUCUAACAAAAUAGACUCUAGCCAUGGAAAGCUUUUCCCAAAAUAAAUUUGCAGUACUAUCCUUACAGCAGAACCCUUCAACACGGUGUGCUCCUUGGAGCUGACUGCCCUAGUAAGUAUUCUUAGGAGGGCAGCCUUGGUAGCCUUUUAAGAUACUGCAGGGCUCUGCAUUAAUUCUUGUAAAUAAGUCAUAGUCAUGCAUAUCCAGAUAAGUAGAUAUGAAGUGUGCCUAUUUUGUACUUGGAGUACCUGCAUCCUGUGGUAAGACGAAGCACUCAUCAGAGCGACUGACUCGUUUAAAGUGAUCAUUACCAGUGUUGCUGAGCAGGGAUUUGAACCUGCCUCUUUGACAUACCCUCCCCAGAGUCAAGUCGCUGUGCCAGCCAAGACUACACACUUUAGAUUUUGCCCCAAGUAUUCUGCUGAAUUGUUCCCCUGUUGUUUUUCAGGAGCGCCGUUUGCACAUGUACGUUGUUUACUGUCAGAACAAACCCAAAUCUGAGCAUAUUGUGUCCGAGUUCAUUGACAACUACUUUGAGGUAGGGGGCCAUGUGAUUUGCUGCAGCUUUGUUGUCUCUGCUUGCUUUGUCCUUGACUGCAUACAUGCGAUACCUUCAGAGUGCGUUUGAAGCACAUUCUUACCCUUCAAAGAAUUCUGGGAACUGUAAUUUAUCCCUCACAGUGUUGUAGUUCCUGGCAAACCACAGCACCCAGAAUUCUUUGAAGGGGGAAAUGUGCUUUGAACAUUCUUUGAAGGUAUAGUCUCUCUCCUGCUAGAAUCCGCCUGCCUCCUUCUUUUCUUCACUGCCCCCUGCGCCACCCAGCGCUCGUUAAUUUCAAGCUGUACUCCGAACACGAGUAAAGAUGCAAAAUUGCCUUUUCUCUGUUGGAUUAUUGGGCCAAUAUUGGCUCCUCUUUUUGGCAGCGGGUGUCUCUCAAAGGGUCAGAUAGAGGUCUUUCUAAGUCUUGCUACUUGAGAUCAUUUUAUAUUAUUAUUAUUAUAUUACAUUCAUAUACCAGCCAGGGAUCAAACCGUCAGCGUACAAGCAGUUGCGUAGGAGUUGUGCAGUGGUCCAGUGGGUGGGGACCACCCUGGGUGUCAUCACUGAGAGGGGUGACAAAAUGGCAAAAAUAUGUGGUUUUGGAAAAAUACCUUUAAAGCACAUUUUGUCCCCUAAAAGAAUUAUGGGCACUGCAGUUUACCCCUUUCAGAGUUAAAGUUCCCAGAAAACCUUAUCAAACUGCAGUGCUCAGAAUCCUUUGAAGGGGUGUGUACGCUUUAAAUAUACUUUAAAGUUACAGUGUGUGCACAGCCUAGUGAGACUUUUGACGCAUAGGAUAAGGGGAAGGGAUCUGAGGUCUUCCUGAGAAGAUGAGUGGGAUGCUUUGGGAGAAACAGGAAGAUUUGGAGGUGUCCUGAUGGAGUGGACAGGGAUUUAAUAGGCAGGAUGCUUGAUCUCCCACACAGAUCCACAGGAUCCGAUCUGCUUUGUUCUCUCCUUUCCAGGAACUGAAGCAGGAACUGGGGCACCGCUUACAGCUCAAUGACUUGCUCAUCAAACCCGUACAGCGGAUCAUGAAAUACCAGCUGCUGCUCAAGGUGCUAACGUGGGAGGUGGAGUGUUGCUUUCCAAAUCUAAGGCAAAUGUGUGUGUGUGUGUGUGUGUGUGUGUGUGUAGGGGGUGAGACCAACAAGUUCCUGACCUGUAGCUAAGGAGAGACAGCAGCCAAUAUGUCUUCUGCUGGGUAUGAUAUCUAUAGCAGUCUUUGGCAGUGUGGACAAGUGCAGAACAGUGGUCUGUUUAAUAAUAAUACCUUUAUUGUCAAUGUACAACCUGUGUACCAUGAAAUUAACCAAGCCUCCCUCCCUCCCCUCCCCCCCGCACAAACACUCAAUCUCAUUGCACUCUGUGUGCUUGUUGCACAACACACCAACCCCGAAAGUCAGUUGCACUAUAUUAUUUUCUGUUUUAAGGGAGAGAUCCUGCAGCCUCAUGUCACCUGCAGGACAGCAAAACAGUCCCAAUGUCACAAAAGGAGUAGCUGGGGUCUCUGUUGGCUGCCUAGCGCCACCUGAUGGGUAAUGGUUGUAUUUGCCUCCAGAGCUGGAACCAGGGUUAUAGCUGUCAUAUGGAGGCACUUGGUGGCUACAGUUCCUUGCAGAGUCCCACUUGCUCCCCAUUUCCCCAAGCAAUGAAAGGUUUGAAAGAUAGCACUGCUGGGUUUAGUUCCCUUUGAAAGAAGAGAGCUCUUGAGACUUAAGGUUGUAUCCAAAGUUGUCCAUGCACAAGUGGGACAGACUCCUGCUUGCUUCCUCUGCCCCUUCCAUGCAUUCCCCACACCCCCAAAUAUGUUCUGGAAGAUUGGGGGACAGAUUUAGGGGGCAUUGGGGGCUGUAGUGGGAGGAGGAGGGUAAGGUGAAGUCCUGAUGCGCAAGCAGAAGUCAGCUUAUGCAUAAUACCUGCUGUAUUUACAAAUAUGCAAGGAGGGCAUCAGUGAAGUCAGGUGAAGCAGACAGCAGUCUGAACCAUUUGUUUCAUAAGAACAUAGGAGCCUGAAGCUGCUUCAAGCCAAAGAUCCAUCUAGUCCAGCAUCCUGUUGUCACAGUGGCCAACCAGAGGCCUGUGGGAAACCUGCAAGCAGGAUCCAAGCGCAAGAGCAACACUCUCUCCUCCUGUGGUUUCCAGCAUUGCUGUCUCCAACUGUAGAGACAAAGCAUAGCCGUCAUGGCUGAUAGCCAUCUCGGUGGGGGGGCAGCACUGCCUCCGGGGGAGCAGGUGGCACUUGGAGUUGGUUGCAUGGCUUGGCUCCGGUGGAAUCCCACUCCUACCACUAAAGAAUGCACUUGUUAUUUCCUCUUUUCCCUCCCAGGAUUUCCUGAAAUACUAUGGCAAAGCUGGCAAGGACACAGAACAGCUGGAGGUAGGAUCCGGAGGCACUUGCAGCUGUUGCUCCCCAGUCCCACCCUUAUGUGUGGACUGGAUGUUAUUACGCUGCUGCUUUCCUUCUUUCUUUCUUUCUUUCUUUCUUUCUUUCUUUCUUUCUUUAUUUUUAUUGAAUUUUACAAGAAAAUAAAAGAAAAGAAACAAAAAACAAUACAUAACACUGUAAACACAUUUAUAGACAUGUUUUCCAAAUUGCAAACUAAAAAAGAAAAUACUUUUCAUAGCCAAUAAUAUUACCAAAUUCAUGCUUCAAACAUUACAAUAUAUAAAUCUUAGUUAAAAUAUUAUAAAAGACUUCCACUGCAUUCACCGCACGUCUCUUAGUUAUCUUGCUCGCCUUUACAUCUGUUCUUCAAUCAUUUCUCUUCCUUAGAUUCUUUCAUAAUCAGUCAAAUCUUUAUGAUCUCUAUAUUCUUCACAAGAUUAGUCUAGGCACAACCAAACUUUCAUAUUUGAACCCUGCUUGUAUAAAUAUUCGUUUAAGCGUUCCCAUUGUUUCUGAAUUAUAAUUUUUGAUUUAUGCCUUAUUAAAUCCAUCAAUUUUGCUAACUCCAGGUACUCACAUAGUUUACUCAACCAUUCCCCUUUUGUUGGGAUAUAAUUUCUUUUCCAGUGAGGGGCUACCAAUGUUCUCGCUGCUGCUGUUGUUGCAUACAGAAAGAUGUUAAUUUUGUCUUUAGGGAUAUCCUUACUCAAGAUUCCUAAUAAAUAUGCUCCUGCCUUUUUGAUAUAUGAUACUUUUAUCAAUUUUUUAAUCUCUUCAUGAAUCAUCUCCCAAAAUUUUUUGAUCUCUGGACAUGUCCACCACAUAGGGUAUAGAGUGCCUUUCAUUCUAUUACAUCUCCAACAUUUAUUACUAUUCGAUCUACAGUGGUGCCUCGCAACACGAAAUUAAUCCGUUCCGCGAGUCUCUUCGUCUAGCGGUUUUUUCUUCUUGCGAAGCAACCCUAUUAGCGGCUUAGCGGAUUAGCGCUAUUAGCGGUUUAGCGGCUAUUAAAGGCUUAGCGGCUUAGCGUCUUAGCUGCUAAAAGGCUAUUAUCGGCUUAGCGGCUUAGAAAAAGGGGGGGGGAAAGCGGAAAAAAAUCUCAAGACUCGCAAUACAUUUUCGUAUUGCGAAGCAAGCCCAUAGGGAAAUUCGUCCUGUGAAGCAACUCAAAAACGGAAAACCCUUUCGUCUAGCGGGUUUUCCGUCUUGCGAGGCAUUCGUCUUGCGGGGCACCACUGUAUUUAUUUUUGCUAGUCUGUCUGGUGCCAUAUACCCUCUGUGGUGCAUCUUCAUAUAAUUCUCUCUUAAUGAAUAGCAGGCUGUAAAAUUUAUAUAUAUUUUCCAAAACCUUUGAUUAUCUUCAUAAUCAAUUGUAUAUCCUAAAUCCCGUUUCCACUUUAGCAUAUUCUCUCCUUUGACUUUCAAAUCAGGAUCUGCAGAACUGUCCCAUGAGGGUUACCACAUGGUAUGGGCAUAUUUUCAUUCUGGGUCUGCCUUGAGAGACGGAGCAGAGGCUUCAUUAUGUUCCUGAGACUGCACUCAUAGCUGACAGGGGUCUUGAAUCCAUAUCUCAUAAUAGUGUCUGCAUGGAACUAUGGCCCGUCAGUCUAAACGGGGCAGGUUGUCCAGUGUUUUUUCACAUGUCCUGCAUCUCCUGGGUUUAAUGACACUGGCGCUGCUCGCCAUGGGUGCACAGCCAGCCAGUCACCGGGCUAUUCUGGUCCACCGCUUUCACCCGACUGCUUUCCUUUGCCUUUCAGAGAGCUGUGGAGGUGAUGUGUUUUGUUCCUAAGCGCUGCAAUGACAUGAUGAAUGUGGGGCGUCUUCAGGGCUUUGAGGUAGGCCCUGGGAAUCAAUGUCUGGCUUGGAGAUUCUACAGAUCCCAUGGGAGCUAGGCUCUUAGCCCUGAUUUUCCAAUCAACUCUACUGCAGAAGGCACCUUAAUUUUUUGCAGUGGGGGCUGUUCAAGGAAGAGAACCUUAUAAUUCCUCUUCAACCAGGCCUUGACCUGAUUCUAUGGCCUUUUAAAUGUGUCUGUGGGAGAGGGGGUUAUUGUUUUAUUUUUGUUUUAACUAUUUAUUUUGUGCUUCUAUCCUGUAUUUUAAUCUUGUGAACUGCCCUGAGAUCUUUGGAUAAAAGGCAGUAUAAUAAUAAUAAUAAUAAUAAUAAUAAUAAUAACCGGCAUUUUAAAAUGAGGGUCCUCCACCUCUGUGUAUGUUGAUCUGGGAAUCGUGAGCUUAAAAUAUAGGAACAAGUGGGUAGAAAAGGGAGAGGUAAUUGAAAAAAUUAGGUCUCAGGGCCUAUCACAUGUUGAAUUUUUCAGCUUUCAAAUUCCAAAAAUGAGGGGUACUGAAAAGUUGGAAACAUGACUUGGAAAUUCAAAAGAUAUUUUGGUUAAAUUAAUAUAGUUUUGUUUAGUAAUGAAAAUGUGUGUAAAAUUGCAUAGAAAUUUUUAAAAACAAUUGCCAAGUACUUGCAUUUAUUUGUUUGUUUGUUUGUUUAUUACUGAUUAAGCAUUACCUGACAUUUUCAGAAGAAGAAGAAGAAGAAAAAGUAAAAUUAAAAAUUAUUUGGCUUUCUGAAAACAGUGUAUGUGCAUCUUCAUUAAGCGUAGACGUUUCAAGCCAAAUGUUGUCCAAUCACAAAAAUUAUAGCAGAUUUGAAUUCCUCACACCCAGAAACAUAUUUUUAAGGCCCCUCACUGAAGCAAUUUGCCCUAAUCCACACCCCCUUGCCCCACUGCUUUGUCCUGAGGAAAACUGCUCUUUUGUUGUUUCCUUUGGAUUGCUGUUUGUCCUGAUUUAAAGCUAAAGAGUGUCUUUCCCUGGGAAAGGAGUGGAGCAAGGGGGAGACCACUUGGCCCCCUCCUUUCUAGGCAGAGGUGUGGACAAGCCCUCAGACAUGUUGCGAAAUAUGUGGCACAGCCCUUCCUGGGAGUACACUGCUUUAAAUGUAAGUGAAUAUUUCGGUGCUGCCUCAGAUCUAAAAGAACCCAAACCCCUCUGCAUAUAGAAAGUUGCCAAGUAAAGAAGAAGGGUUCUAAGCUUCUCCUUGACAGGUUAGUUUUCUACAGGCAGGCAGUUUUUGAGAUGGGUCAGAAUUCAAAGGUGCAGCCCGUCAUCUGCAAGUGGUAAUUCUGAGUCUUCUGCUCUAAGAACAGGGCAGUUUUGUGCCUUCUCCCCAGCUGAGUAACUAGGAUCUGCCCUCUCUUCUCCAGGGGAAACUGACUGCGCAGGGGAAGCUGCUGCAACAGAACACCUUCUGGGUGACGGAGCAGGCGGGCGGGAUCCUGGCCCGGGGCCGUGAGCGGCGCAUCUUUCUCUUUGAGCAGAUUGUCAUCUUGAGCGAGACGCUGGAGCGACGGCGUGGUCCGUAUGCCGCUCCAACUUAUGCCUUCAAGAGCAGCAUCAAGGUAUUACAGGGCUAACAGCAGAGAACCUAGGCAAGCCUGUAUUCCCGUACCUAUCGCUGUUUACCCCCUGUUUCUGCAGUUGUACCAUGCAUCUGCAGAAUGUGAUUGUGAGCACUGAAUUUGGCAUCCUGAGAGUCUAUGCAUGUGUAUAAAAUUUUAUAUGGCUAGAAAUUGCGAGUGAAAUUCAACUUGGUGCGCUAUUGCAAACGUUCUGUCUGUGUAAGCGUUUCAGCUUGUGAGACAGAACAACCCCCUUUUCUCCCCCAGCGCACUGUUCUGGGGGUUCUUCUGACUCCCCUCCUCAGAGCCAAUUUAGGGGUGCGCACAAGGGGAGGGAGGAGGCCCAUUGCAAAAGCCCUUGCACAGGGCUUCCACUGAUGGGCUCAUUAGGUGAAUCCUGCCUUAUAUAAAUGUACAGUGGUGCCCCGCAAGACGAAUGCCUCGCAAGACGAAAAACCCGCUAGACGAAAGGGUUUUCUGCAGGACAAAUUUCCCUAUGGGCUUGCUUCGCAAGACGAAAAUGUCUUGCGAGUCUUGAGAUUUUUUUCGCUCCCCCCCCUUUUUCUAAGCCGCUAAGCCGCUAAUAGCCUUUUAGCCGCUAAGCCGCUAAGCCUUUAAUAGCCGCUAAACCGCUAAUAGCGCUAAUCCGCUAAUAGGGUUGCUUCGCAAGAUGAGAAAACCGCUAGACGAAGAGACUCGCAGAAUGGAUUAAUUUCGUCUUGCGAGGCACCACUGUAUAGCCUUAUGGCUGUGAAGAUAGGAUUGAAAGUGUGUGGGCAUUGCUUGGCGUAAUCUCGGGAGCAGAGAGCAGGGGUAGUGCAAAGCAAGGAAAUAUGGAAAUUAGCUGGCUUUGCAUUCUUUGUUCAGGUUUCGGAAUGUAGCUUUUCUUGGCACAAGAAUAUAGCCUGGGCUUGGUGUGUAGAACGUUGAUCUUUGUUUAAAGCACAGAGAUUACACAGCCUUGGUUAUAUCCAGAGAACCACAGAAUUUCUAGGACUUCAUGAAUGUGCAGAUGUACCCAAAUCUGUUUAAUAAAUAAAUGCAUAAAUAAAUAAAGGCUCUUCCUUUUGCUUGACUGCCAGGCCCUCCCUGUUUGUCCAUUUUAUUGCUAAUAACUUCUUCUUUUUCUUGCUUUUGAAUGGCCAUUUCCUAUCCAUUAUCCAUCUCAAUGCCAGGUCAGCUGUUUGGGCCUGGAGCCCUGUGUGGAUAAUGAUCCCUGCAAAUUUGCACUGAUCUCUCGUGGCGCAGAACGGGGCACCAUCCGUUACGUACUGCAGGCAGCAACGUCAGAGAUUGCCCAGGCCUGGGUGGCUGACAUCAGCCUCAUCUUGGAGACACAACGUGACUUCCUCAAUGGUAGGGGCUUCAAAGAGAUGGUCUGUUCCUAACUCUCUCAGGCACCCACUGCCCUUUAAACCACACCCAGCUUUCUUCAAGGAGUGAUUCCUCAAUAUUUCUUCCUUCAUUUUCCUCACUCCUGGUCUGGAUGGAAUAUGAAAGCUAAGAUGUUUCCACAAUGCUUUGCAGAAGUAUAGGAAACUUCAGCUGGCUUCUAGAUGGUGGCGCGGGGGCAGGGGGAAUAGACAAUUUUCAAAGAGUAAUUUGAAUUAGAGGCUACUGCCUUUCAGUGAGUUUAAAUAGUUUGGUUCUUUCUGAGUGAAAGAAAUGACCUAGCAAUAGGUUUGUAUGAGUUUGUUUUAAGUUAUUUCUAAUUCAACUUCUAUCAGAAUUGAUCCAAAGUACAAAAAAAGAAUAUUUAAAGUGAUAAACACCCCAAUUCCAUGCCACCAUAUCAUAUCAGCAGGAAUAAAACCAUAAAUAAGGGCCCUGAUAUUUAUUGAGCAUUCAUCCUGAUUUGCUUGCACAAAGCUUAUGCGGAGGUUAGGUUACAUUUAGCUUCUAUUGAGUAUUCAUUCUGAUUAUUUGUGUGUGGGGGGGUGUUAAAUGUCAAGGACCCUUCAUUUGCUACGGUAUUGGAGCACUUUAAUCCACUUUAAAUGGUGCAAACCUACAGUUCUGGUAUGCAAUUGAAUCACUCCUGCAAAAUCAGUAGGAAUGUUCAUUAAAAAGGUCAUCUGGAGGUACAAUCCAUUCUGUCUCUGUCUGUCUCUUUCUAUAUACCAGCCCCCGACCCCCAGCUCUAAUAUUACAUUACCAUCUUCUCAUGUAUGUGCAAGUCAGGCCUUAAUUGUGCAAUCAAGUUAUGUACACGCAUGUCUCAACUAGCCAUACAUUUUUACUUCAAGCACAAGCUGUCCUUUGGCCUUUGUGAAUCGAGCCAACGCACAACUCUGGAAGGGUGGGGUGAGUCCCAAAGUAGAUGGCAGAGCUGAAGUGGACUGUACGACUUCAGACUUCCAGUAAGCAGGAGGUCACAUUUUUUAACCCUUUCUCAAAUAAAAAGCUGAGAGAUUUGUAUUCUAAAUCUUUCUCUCUGAUUUGCUGUGUUGAGAAAAGGUAGUGUGUCGUCCCCCCCACACAUAGGGGGAGCAAUCAAAAAUAGGAUUCCCACCCUUCAGUUUGAAUUCAGAUAGUAAAGAUUUCUACCCUGCCAUUUUGCAUAAUGUGUAGAUCAGUUCUGAAUGACUCUUAACUUAAAUGCAUGGACUAUGUCUAGGAAACCUUUCUUCCAGCAAGGGCCAUGUUCCCCUAGGGGAAAUCUGUUGGAGACCACAUGCCAGUGUGGGCAGGGGCAGAGCCAUAUUCACUGCCCCAUAAUCUCUCAAAAGAGAGAAAUAAGUGUGUGGGGAUGAUAUUAAGAAAUGGGAGUUGGGGGAGGGUGUUUGUGCAUGGGAUGGUGUUGCUCUUUAGAGCUGCAGUGCACCCUGGUGUGGCCUGUAGCCCCUCAUCUGCUUGCUGGGCUUCCUCCUGUCCCUAUCGUGCAGUUUCCAGGAGCUGCUGUCUUCUGGCACCUCAGGCACAUCGAAGUGGUGGCUCCUGAUGCACCACCCCUCUCCUGCUUUUCGCAACAGAAGGAUGAGGGCGCUUGAGACACCUUUUGACAGUGGCUUUUGAGCAUUGGAAGCUGCUUGAAGCGCACCUGCGCAGGUGGGGCUGUGGGACUUCACCCAGUGGUUCCUGCAUCACUCCCCUGAGGAGUCUUUUUUUCCUUUCUUGCAGAAGAUUAUGUUUCACUAAUGGAAUUCAGAGCGUUUUGUGUUUCCAGUGCGUGACCCUGCAGUUCAUUGCCCCUUUCUGUUUCCUUGCCAGCACUGCAGUCGCCCAUAGAGUACCAGCGCCGAGAGAGCAAAACCCAUAGCCUAGGACGCAUUGGAGUCCCGCAUCACUCACUGCCCGGUGGACCCAGCCGGCCCUGCUCCUCCGUCUCCAUGGACCAGAGCAAGGGAUCCAGCCUCCAGCCCCACAACGCCUCUCUCCCCUCCCUCUACCUUCCGGGCCCAGGCCAGCCUGAGCAACAGGCCUAUGUUGAGGUAAGGUAGGAAGGUCUUAAACGGAAGAUCCCUGUUGAAUUAACAGCUUUGUGAGGUUUGGCUGGCACAGGUGAAGUUCCUGUUCUAGCUUUGGAAUGAAAGGGGCUAGUAAUUGGCAAGAGGAAUUUGAAAUUCAGUUCAGUGCUUACAUUUGUUAAACCUCAUUAACACAUGUAUAGUUUGCAAGAGUUACGUGAAGCAGAAAAUGAAAACAAUCAUUUGUCAUUAAAACAAUCCACCAUGUGUGCUGGCUUGAGAUUGCAUUGUACACAUGCUGUCACAGAGACAAAGGAAGGUUAUCUUUCCCACACAAUUCAUAUCAGUAUUGUCUAACAAAAUUUCAUUUUAAAAAAAUGCCCAAGGGGAGAUGUUCCUAAAAUGUAGGCAUUUAACCUCAUCAGAACACAAUAAGAGCCUGCAGGAUCAGGCCAGUAGCCCACCUAGACCAACAUCCUAAGGGCCAGUCAGAGGGCUGUGGGAAGCCUACGGGCAGAACCUGAGCACACCAACCGCUCCUCCCUUCUUGCUGUUUCCACCAACUAGUAUUCAAAAGCAUUACUGCAUCUGAGAACCUCCUUGUUAACAGCUGCUCAACAAAAAAUGAGAAAUUGGAGCUCAAUGCUCAGUUAGUAUUUUAGUCUCAUUUGUAAGCCGUCCCCCAAAUAUUUAUAUCAAGGGGCAGUGUAGAUAGCUUUAAGAAUAAGAAGUAAAGAAGUAAAUAAAUGAGACAUGUUUUCCUGUUUGGGACAAAAUCUUGGGGUUUAUUAAACUAGAGGAUAUUGACCUCAUCCCAUGCAGAUGGAUUUUCUCCUUGUACCCUUUCAUUGAUUAAUCCAGCGUGGUAACAGCUAAUGGAUUGGAAUCAUCCGCUUGCUGCAGAAGCAUGUGUUGAGCAACUCCAACUGUAAGUGUUAAGUUGGGGCGAACAUAUCAGACGACACAGCGAUUCUUCCAAAGCAGCUCUUUAUUUGCAAGCUGGAACUGAGGAGCUCAGUCAGCCUGCUUAUAUAGAGCUCCAGAACAAUUGUAACUGUUGCAACUUUCUAAAACUAUCCAAUCACUGAACGUCACUUUCGAUCCUUCAUUUGCAUACAAACUAUCCAAUCACUGAACGUCACUUUCGAUCCUUCAUUUGCAUACAAACUAUCCAAUCACUGAACGUCACUUUCGAUCCUUCAUUUGCAUAAUUAUCUACAGUAUCCCCCUGCUGGCCCAGGGUGAGAACUUCAGUACAUAACAGUAAGAAUAUAAUUGUGAGUGUGCUUAAGGGAUGUUAGGGAGUGUGUGGUCUCUGUUAAGUGAGCUUAUGCAACACAGUGUGUCACAGUUCCCCAAAGUGGAGACCAGGCUACUGGCCCUUCCGCUGCCACCAGGCAGAAGUCUUUAUUUUUCUGGUUGCCUCCACCAAACAAUCUAAGCUCACCUGGGUUUCAAAAAGAACACACUUAGGUAGUGUGUGGCUUGGCUUUUAAGCAUAGGGUGGGCAAGAGACCACAAGGCUUUGUGAAAGAGGUUUAAAUGUUCACUAAAAAAGAAGGUUUUAACAUCUGAAUGGUUAUGUACACACAAAACAAUCACCAAAGCAACCUGAGUCUGGACAUCAUCUGCUGCCAAGAGUAAUGGGGUGGGAGGGAAUUGGGUCUAGGGCCUCUGUUCUGAAACUUCAAACUGGGCAGCAGGUAUUCAGGAAAAGAGGGACAGAGGAGGGGACUGUUGAGUUCCCCUUGGGUGACUAACUGGAGAGCAGCCAGGGAGACUGCUAACUCUUUCCCAGACUGCCUGGGUGAGAUGACGUCUUCAUCAUCUCACCUGCCAGACUCUCCAGAGGGACAGGUGUGCUGCUAACCAUUCCUCCCAGCAUCAUGGUCUCAGCCAGGCUGGUUCUGUGGCAUGCUCUGUUGCCGAGGUGAUGGGUGAGAGAGGUAGAACUGGAGCCAGGCAAGAGAGAAGACAUGUCUGCUGCUGAUAAACAAAGCCUUUAAUAUCCAGUCCAUAGAUACUUGCAUGCAUGCAUGUGAGGAUAUUCACACACUCCUCCAAACAUGUUGCAGGGAAGGGGAGGGUAGAGGAAAUUCAGAGUAGGUUUGUUACUCAUAGACAUAAGCAAGCUUCACCCAUUCUGAAACCAUCCAAAUAUUGUUUGUGUUCAUUAACCACUGCCAAUAUCAUAAUCAUUUUUCUUCUUGUUACAUUGACUGCCUCUCCUUCAAUUUCCCUCUGUUUUAAUUUUUCAUUAUAACUGUUGGAGUCAUCUAUCUGCUAAAUAAUCGUUCAGUAGUUAUUGUUUUUUUCCUUGGUUAUAUUGUAUUAUUUCUGAUGAGGAUUAUCUGUUGUUGUGAUUUUUAAAAAUGUUAAUCACUAAAACUAAAAGUGUGAAGGAAAGACCAGGAGCCCAAAGUAGUGAACACUGUUCUGUGAAGACAGUGGUGAAGACAAGAGUGCUGAUUUCUGUUCUCAGAUAUGAGUUGGAGGAGGAGAUAGGAAUGAGUGCUAUGCUGUUUUAGGAGGCUUCAGGACUCUACAGGUUUCUGAUUCCAGAUUAGAUGAAAAGGAGAUCAGACUGAUCUCUAAUAGAGGCAGAGAGAGACACACACAAGAGAUUUGCAAGAGGAUGCCUAUCUGUUUUCUUUUUUGGGAAAUUAGAUGACUUCAUUUGAUGAAUUGGAUUGCCAGAAUCCCUUCCGGGUCAGGGGUCUUGUGAAACUAUGACGUUUGCAUGGCGUGCUUUCAAUGUGAGAUGUUGUUUGACUUCAGCUAUGCACAAGUUGAGAGUUGACAAGCUAUGCACACUUUCUCACAUAAUAUGACACCAAAUUGAGAGCACCUAUCUGUGCUGGAAUGUUGUCUUCUCCCCACACAGAUUAAACCCACUUUGCUUUCUGCCCCCAGCCAUCUCGCAGCCAAAGCUCUCCAGGGCCUGGACCAGGUCACCUACCUUCCGAUGGCUCCCAGGUGCAUCUCUCCAAUUCCUCCCAGCAGGAGUCCCUGCACACAGUGAGUUUUGGUAGGGCAGAGGAAGUGUUCCUUUUAAUCUGAGUAAGGAUUCAACGUUCACAGUUGACAUAACGAUAAUGAUUCAGGUUCUGUUGCCCGUGGCCUUACUCAUUCUUUCCAUCAGGAUUUAACUUUCAUUGGGACUGACAUUUUACACACACACACACACACACACACACACGUCCCCACCACCUGACCACAUGUUGCCGCCGUGCCACAGAAGCCUAGGAAAAAAUGCAGAAUCUGGCACAGGUUGCAGAAUUCAAAGCUUCUGCCUAUAGUGGCCUUCCCAGUGAGAAACCACUGACAUUCUUCCAAAAGAAUCCCAGGGUUCCCCAAAACACAGCCUGAAAUUCAUUGCUGUGUUAGUAGAGUGCGUCCCCAUCUCUUGCGUUGUUUACCAUUGCUGAUGCAUUCAUAUGCCAGUAAUUUUAUUUCUGGAAAGCUUUUUGAUGCUGUGCUUUCCUUCCCACAAGAGAUUUUGAAAGCCUGCCAUAUACACUUUUCUUCCUUCCAUUUACCUGCAAUCUGCUCCACUCUCAGGCUGAGAACAUGGGCAGACAUUGCCUAAUGAGCUGUCUUAUGCUCUUAUCUUUGGUUUUGCUUUAGAGCAGAAAUGAGGAAACUGUGGCUCUUGAGAAGGCUGUUGGACUGCAACUCCCACCGUCUCUGAUCAUUGGCUUUGCUGGCUGGGGCUGAUGGGAAUGUAAGAGCAUAAGACAGGCAUAGGCAAACUCGGCCCUCCAGAUGUUUGAGGCUACAAUUCCCUGACCACUGGUCCUGUUAGCGAGGGAUGAUGGGAGUUGUAGUCCCAAAACAUCUGGAGGGCAGAGUUUGCCUAUGCCUGUCAUAAGAUGAGCCCCGCUUGAUCAUACCAAGGGUCCUUCUAGCCCAGCAUCCUGUAGUCACAGCCAAUCAGGAACCUAUGGGAAAUGCAUAAGCUGAUCUAAGUGCAACAGCAUCCCCACCUGUGCUGGUACUGGUAUCCCGAGGUGUACAAUCUUCGAUACUGAAGCUGUCAUGACUAGUAGCCAUUAAGACCCUUAUUGCCCAUGAUGGAGGUGAAGUCCAACACAUCUGAAGGACCACAGGUUCCUCAUCCCUGAUUGAGAGUAAGCAUAUAUGGGCAAAUUUGUUAUACACAACUGAUCUAGCCAUAGCUAUUAGCUAAAAGGAACUUCUGUGUAUGUAGGACAUUGCUUCUCAAAGGCUGUGGCACAAGGAGAGGAUGGCAAGCAUGACAGGAAGAUUCAAGGAGAACAAAAUAAACAUUUCAUUAUAGCAUAGUAUCAAAAAAAAAUUUUGCAAUAUGUGGAUAGAUAUAUUUCCAAAAUGAGAGCAAGAGCAUAAAGUGAUACUGAGAACAAUCAUAGUUGUGAUCUACAAUCGCCGUCCCAGUGUAUUUCUUAUCAAUAAAAAAAAUGGUGUGGUGCAAGAAAAUUUCUAUUCUGAAAGUGCGAUCCAAAGAAAAAAAAGGCUGAAAAUCACUGAUGUAGGAGAUGAAUUGAGGAUUAAAUCUGUAGAUUAAAAGUUAAAUUUUGUAUUCCACAUGUGUGGGAGACAUACAAAAAGUGGGCUGUCAAGCCAUUUAGCAAAGUAAAACACGUACUGCAUACAUUUUUGCAGUUUACUAAAGUUUAGGAAUUGGGCAAUUACAGCUUUUUGUCCCUUUUAUUUGAGGUUUGCUGACCUCCCCUUCUUCAACUCUGCUGCAGAGAAUGAACCACAUAAUUUAGUAAGAUAAACAAUUACAUUUCAAUGCAGGCAGCAGAUACAAUACAGGUAAUAAAACUUAUCAGGUACAAAAUACAAAAGUUGGCUUCUGUAGGCUGCAUCUGUCUGGACCUCCCAGAUACACAUUUGAACAUGGUAGAAAGAGUGUCUUCUCAGAGACAGGAUGAAGUAUAAAAGAUUAUCUCUGUGGUUACAGAAUUCCAGCCAGAGGAGGCAAGGAAGGUAAGCACACAGAGGGUCCUCUCUAGGAAAUUUAAGUGCACUCUUUGUGUACUAGCUCUGUCUUGUCUAGCAAAGCAUGCAUUUGUGAUUUGGCUGCAAACCCCACACUGUGGACAGAGGCAGAAUACCAGAAUAUCUCUGAACACUAGAUCUAAGUGUUGGCAACAACAGGAAAAGUCAUCACCUUCAUUCCCUGCCUUGCGUGUUUCAAAGAGGCAUCAUGUUGGCUGCUGCUGAGACACAGAAUGUUGGAUUUGAUGCACCUUGGCCUGAUCCAGCAAGGCAGUACUUAAGAUGAUUAAUCUGCAUAAUUUAUGCAGAAUGCAGCUUUUUGUAGCACAGAAUUGGAUCACCCCGUAGUAGAUAUAUUGAACCAAAGUAUUACACUGUCUUACCUGUUGAUAAGAUAAAGCCAAUGGGUGUGCAGUGGCAGGAGCUCUGCGGUGGGAGUCUUGCAAAAUACGUCUCAGGAACCUUUCCAGAGUUUUCAUUGUUCCUCUGUCCCUGACAGGCCCCAAGUGAUGACGACGCCAGGCCGCUGCUCCCUGAUCCUGAAGUCCCGGAAAUCAGUUUCCCUCAAGGCUGUGCUCAACUUGCCCAACUUGAUGAGGAUGAGCUGUGACUCUUGGACUGUGAGAAAGCCCCUGUCAGACCAGUGGGGUGGGGGCUUUGACUGAUCUAACUAGCUCUUCCCUCUUCUCCUCCUACCCUCCCUCCUUCUGCUGUCUCCAAGGGAAAGAGAGACACAGCAGCAGCAUGGUGCAAACUCUUGCUGCCCUCUGGUCCUGCUCUGUUUGCCCAGACACCCCCUCAUCCUAUGAAAGGGGCGCAGAACCCCCACAUUGGGACCAGAGAGUGCCGCUGGUGGCCCUUCCCUUUUCUCCAGACCCCUGUAUAUGCAUGCUGUGGGGCUGUACGGGCUUCAGGUCGGGGCUCUUGGACGAGGAGUUGGAUUGUGUGAAUUGAGAAUUUUAUUUUGUUUGUUGUAAUAAUAAAGAUUUUAGUUAAAACAAACAA